GUUUUACUGGCACCAAAGCACGUCGCAGGCAAAUAGAAAAACCGGCUAAAGACAUGGAGAAAGACUACGUGCGAAAAGAUCCCAGACUUCGUUUCCUUAAAUUUCUUUUACUUUGUUCUUUGAUGAGUCUUUGGAUCCAAGGUAGGUUAUCUUUGAAAUUAAUUCAGUAAAAAUUAUAUAUUCUGUACGCUUUGUCUAUAAGUAAACCCAACAAAUUAUUUUCACUCUUGAAAAAAAAAAAUUAAAAGAAACAGGGCUCCCAAAUUCCCCCAAGAAUCAAGAGAACAAAGCUAGUCAUUCAUCGAAUGAUCUGAAAGGAAAAUGUUUUUGAAAGAAAAAGAACUCCAAGUUCUGCGUAUGCAAUGUUACCACUUUGAGGUCAUAAGAGAGGACAAGAAGUUAUUUUCUUUCAGCUCUACAGUCAACUCCUUUUACAGCAGGCACUGUUGGGACCUUGAGUUACUGUCCUCAUUAGCAAGAGUCCGUUAUAGCGGGAAUUUGUUUCAGUCAAACAUCUGUAAAAUUAUGAGAAUAGCGCGAAAGCGGGGGCCCCAAUCUGCCUCCCCUUUUCCCUUUCCUCCCUACCUUCAUCCCCCCAUCCCCUACCCCUAUCUCCUACAUUUUAUGGUUCUGAAAAAGACAAAAAACCUUCUGGGUUUGUAAUUUAUUCACAUUUUAAAGACAGCGCAUUUAUAGCACUUUAAAGGGAAGCAGCGUUCUAAGCUAGAUAAGUUAAGGAGGGGGGAGUACCAUUUGCUAUGCAAUAGAGGGUAUAUGACAGAGGUACCUUUUGUUUCAAAAGCCGAGUCUUGUUUUCGAUCGACUAAAUUUUAAUUAUGUCGUCACUGACGUGGAUAACAGGGAAAUAAAAGGUUAAGGGGUUGGACCUCAAAGCGGAACGUCCCAGUAUAAAACUUUGUUGAGACCCCCUUUCCCCCACCCCCCACCCCCCCAAAAAAAAUUUACAACUAACUCUCUUUUAAAUAAUAGACAGUUCCAGACGCCUUUAAACUGGAAAAUCAGCACUAGAAAAUAAAAUCAUAUGCUUGUGGAAACGAUGUAAUAUAAGUGUCCAAAGAGCCCUUCUGUUCAGUUGUAAACUUAGCAAUAAUUCACCAGUUAAUUUCCUGCUUCAUUUGAAAAAACCCUGACCAGGUCGCCGAGGAUUGGCUAAAACAGUAGAUACGGUUUUCAUCACAGGCAACAGAAGUUGAUUUUGUUUCUCGGCACGCUAAAACUAGCUGACGAGUAUGGAGUAUGGAAACUAAUAACUCACUAACGACCUCGACGUGGAUUUGCCCUUAGGCCGUUAGCGUCAGUUUAAUUGCUUCGGAACCGUUAAAGCUGGUAACCAAAACAACAGAAAUUGCACGAAAAAAAAUUUACAACUGAAACAAGCAAAAAAAAUACUAGUGAGGAUCGUCCCUUAUCCAACAUGACCCUUCUUUAGGUUUGGAGAAAGCGAGUGCUAAUUUUGGCGGGAAUACUGAUGGCGGCUGCAAGAGUACUGGCCUUCAAACGUACUACAGUAUUUGAGAGCAGUUAUACUUAUAGCAUUUGUUCAACUAAACGAUUUAAUUUUAGUUUUCAUUUAGGAAACGCAAAAAUUCAAAAACACCGUUUAAAAGGAGAGCGAAGAGACUAUGAAAGCUUUUAGGGGUAGGUUCGGAAUAAAUAGUUCGGGAAGUUUACCACCGACACCGGCGUUGUGGCAAGGUGGCUUGAAAAAUGACUUCAAUAAUUAAAAGCAUGCUAAUUUAUUCCGAUAAUUUAGCUAUUUCCCACCUUCAGCGUACAGCCGAAGUUCUCCUUGCGACACUCUCAUAAGCGACCACCUCUAAUUACAGGCGGCAUUCAGUGAAAAAAAUUUACAACUGAAACAAGCAAAAAAAAUACUAGUGAGGAUCGUCCCUUAUCCAACAUGACCCUUCUUUAGGUUUGGAGAAAGCGAGUGCUAAUUUUGGCGGGAAUACUGAUGGCGGCUGCAAGAGUACUGGCCUUCAAACGUACUACAGUAUUUGAGAGCAGUUAUACUUAUAGUAUUUGUUCAACUAAACGAUUUAAUUUUAGUUUUCAUUUAGGAAACGCAAAAAUUCAAAAACACCGUUUAAAAGGAGAGCGAAGAGACUAUGAAAGCUUUUAGGGGUAGGUUCGGAAUAAAUAGUUCGGGAAGUUUACCACCGACACCGGCGUUGUGGCAAGGUGGCUUGAAAAAUGACUUCAAUAAUUAAAAGCAUGCUAAUUUAUUCCGAUAAUUUAGCUAUUUCCCACCUUCAGCGUACAGCCGAAGUUCUCCUUGCGACACUCUCAUAAGCUACCACCUCUAAUUACAGGCGGCAUUCAGUGAAACACCGUUUGAACUGACUUUUAAACGCGCUGUAGUGUAAAGCUCUCUUAAGCAACAGUUCCUGUAAGCGGACCUGUCUUGUAAUCACCAGCAGGACCGUUUCAUUUGUUUUUAAGUUCUUAUAACCGACCACUGCGUCGACACUUAAACAAAAGCAUUUUACUUCAUGAUUCAAAUUUGUGGUAAUGCAGAGCAAAAGCGCGAAUGGUUCGUUGAUUUGGAAUGAUCAAAGUUAUUAAAAAAGAAACUCCUUAAUAUUCUUUUACCUAAAUGUAUUCGUAAUAAAGAACACAUGCCUAGGUGCUCAACAGCCCGUAAGUUUGUGUUGCUGCUAGGUAAAAAUCCUGGUCGAGGGUGAAAAGAGAGUGAGAGACUGGGAAGAGCUCCGGGCUUGUAAAGAGACUGUUUCUUAAUCUAACAUAUUCCCAGGUUUUUUGCUAAGCUAUCGUUAGUGACCGCCCUCAUAUCCGCGUCUAAAUAUGGUCGCUUACUAGCGGUCCAUUGAGAAACGGCGAGCACUAGUUGCGUAAAAUUUACAUAAGAAACCUGAAACUAAGGUUAAGGUUACGAGAGCUAAUUUUAGCAACUGCCAUUCAGCUAGCCAUAGGCAACCAGAGCGCCUAAAAUAUGAAUACCUACAGCAAAAUUUAUUGUCCUUGGAAAUAGCGAAGAGUGAAAUUUCCCAACUAAGUUUUCGGCUUUAGUCCGUGGAUGAUAAAAUGAGGAUCAACUACAGUUUAAACUUCAAUGGCGGAAGGCACAAAGGGCAAUUAAUAUGUAUUUUAUCUGUAACUGAAUCCAAGUCGAAGGAGGGCCUUCUCCAAUAAAACUGACGUAAAAACCGAGAUGUUUUAAUUGUUCAGUUACAACUAGGCUCCCAUAUCCAUGCAACUGACAGCUUGAUAUAUGUUAGUUACACGAGUUAUAUGAGGACACGCAGUGAAUUGCAUUAAUUGAUCGAGACGGUUGAUUACUUGCUUCAAGUCGCUCAAACAGAAAACAGUUAUACAGCAAACAUGAAGAAUGACUGCGUAGGAAAAGAUCUCAAAAUUUGUUUCCUUAAAUUGUUUCUGUUUUUUUCUUUGACGACUCUUUGGAUUCAAGGUACGUCAUCUUUGUAAGACAUAGUAGCAUUUUCUCGCUAUAUGUGCAUCAGUACAUGCAGUAAACCGGAAAAAAAUAUUCCCUAUUGAGCGUCGCUCUCGGUCCUAGUAACAAGAGGCAGGACAUCUCUGCCUUAUGUCACUAAUGUUUUAAAAAGCUUAAAGAAAACCUAACGUAAGCUCCCCAGAAAGCACCAAGAAGAAAACAAGGCGGGUUAUUUUUCAGCUGUGAUAAACGGGUCUGUGUUUGCAAAGUGGACAUCGACUGUAGACGCCACAAAAGUAAACAGAAAAAUGAGUCAUUUUCUAAUUAUUUUUUCUUGCAUUUGCAUAUAAAAGCUAACUGAAAAUCGUACAACGUGCCCAAUAACAAGAAUCGAUCGUUAACAAAAGGGACCGAAACAUAUUCUUACAAAUCGUUAAUGUCGCCGGUUAAUAGAGAACAAAGAUUCACGGGCGAUUGACCUCCUAAAUGGCAAGAAAAUUCGAUUGGCAAUAAAUUUCUCGCUAACAAAAUCACUAUAUACUAUAUAGCUGAUUAUAUUCCGCAAGGUCAUUCAUUGUUUUUUGUUUUGGUUAUUUGUUUGUUUGCUUUCUUUUGUAGCGUUUUAUUUUUGUGGUUGUAUUUUGCUUCUUUGUUGAUUUGUUAGUUUGUUUUCUUUGGUGUGGAACCGGUUGGACUAAUCAACUUCCCAACGCGCUAAAAUGUAGGCACGAAUGUAGAAUGUAAUAUUACAGCCUCGACGUGGCAUUGCUCGUUGCAUGUUAGGCUCAUUUCACCUGCAAUUCGUGAAAAAUGAUCAGAACAACAAAACAAAUAUAAACAAUACAGUUUGUAUAGCAAGUCAAAAGAAUAUCUACCGCCUACAUCCACCUCAUUCAACAUCAGUUAACAAGGAAGUCAUUGAUGAUUUCGGUGGGAACUGCAAAGGAGACUGUGGUAGUGAGGAAAAGGGAAAGGUUCUGUCGUCACUAUACCGGAUAGAUAUAAAAAGGGAGUAUCCGGCAGAGUAUAAGUGGCAGAUGCACGAAGCUGGAACAAGUCGCUCACAGACAUGUCGAAAAUCGUGCUGGAGCGGUUGGCCGAGAGAGCUUGGUACACUAAAUCCCAAUCCUCACUCUGAAUAUUCACCUCGCCUCUAAACACGAUAAAUUUUAAACCUAUAAAAGCUUGUGAGGUCGUGUGUUUAAGAAUUAAACUAACCUAAUCUACAUCAAAACAUAUAUACAAAUUAUAGCGGAGCACCAUGGGUAAGAAAAUGAAGUAAUCUUUCCAUCCGAGAAAAUUUGGUAAUCACGUGACCGUACACCGACUGACCGCCCGCCCGCCCGAGAGACCGUUCGUCCGCACCACAGAUAACCAAUGUUUACUCUCACACUUUCUAGCUACUUUGGGAGCCCACUGAUUGCGCAUCAAUGUUGUGAUCAACUGACAGCUGUCAAAACAAGGUAGUAUCAGACCAGUGUGACCGUAUCGCGGGCUCAGGUGUCGACCCAUCCAUGUCGAAUAUUUUUUUUGAAGCUAUUCGGUGACAAGUUACUAGUUUUCAAAUGAUUGCAGGCUCAUUUUUUAAUUCAUAUGAAAUAUGUUGUGUUUAUUACACUAUGGCCAGCACUAUUAACAUUUUGAUUUCAAACUGAGCUCGGACGCGAAAAUUCAGCCAGUUAUUUAAAAAUGCAAGCAGGGAAGACAGAUGCUUUUCACUUUUCUCACCAUAGUCACGCGUUGGUCACGCUUCACGUCCAAUUUUUAUGCUAUGAUUGGUCAAAAUUUGACAGGAGAGUUCAUGGGGAGAAUUUAUGCAGCGUCUUGCGACUUGUUUACUUUGACAGAGUUUUGCGUCGACUUGUGAUGUUUUUAACUGUCUUUUUCCACUGAAUGUACAAAAUAAAAUACAGCUGCUAUCAAGAGUCUUCUGUUAUUCAUGGCUGGUUUGUUUAUUGUAUUUUUGGUUGAGAAAUGCGCAACUUGUCAAAGUCGGAUGGCAUCGUUUUUGUUUUUCACCUUGCUGGAUGCGUAAGAGAAUUAUAAAGGCUCAAGCGAUCCUGGCCUCGAAAUAUGGUAAGCCUGAGUAAUUAUUGUAUUUAUAUCUAAUUUCAUGAAGUCGAGCGCAGUUUAUGAAGCUAGUUUAUGCACGUUUGUAUUAAGAUUUGAGACACUAAUCUGCCAUAGUAUGAGGUUUGAUAAACACUUACAGAACUUUAAAAAGCCUUAAGUCGAUAUUUCACCGCGAAUAGAAAGAAAAGAAAAAACUUUCCGAAGAAUAUUAGUUAUAAUUUUGGCCGCAAGUGUUUUGGCAGUGUGUAAGUAUAUCAAGAUGGCUGGAUGCGUUACCACGUUGUCCGUUAAUUUUGGCCUCCUGCUCUGCCUGUUUCUUAUCUUGAAUGGCAUAAAACAAAACAAAUCAUCAACGAAGCCACUAAGCAAUAGUAGCAACCUAUAUUUUGCUUCCCAAGAAGCUUGCAGGAUUAAAAUUCAAUCUUUUCACUCUCUGGCACGGCGUCCAGCAAAACACCAAGCAGUCGGAGCUUUCCAGAAAGGCUUUAUUACGUGCAAGCUUAUACUUCAUGGCUCUCUAGCCUUGGCUCUAAUAGCGCUUGCCGGAGAUGUUGAACUCAACCCUGGAUAUAGGAGUUUGGAGGAUGUUAGGAGUUCACGAGGAUUGAGGCUUGCUCAUCUAAAUAUUCGAAGCUUGAGGAACAAAUCAGACUCGCUGCGCCUGGAGGGUUUGGAUAACAGAACGAUCGAUAUUCUUACACUCAGUGAGACUUGGCUGGAUGACUGCUAUGAAGACUCUCAUGUUAUUAUUCCAGGAUAUAAUUGCAUUCGCCUGGAUAGGUCUGGAGCCAAAGAAGGUUUUGGUGGAGUAGCAAUCUAUGUAAAGGAAGGCUUGCCGUUUCGUGUUAGGAAUGAUCUUUACUCAGCCGCAAAUGAAUGUCUAUGGAUUGAGCUAUCGCGCACUAAAUGUCGCCCAGUAUUGAUUUGUUGUGCAUAUAGAGCCCCCGGUUUUGACUUUGCGAACUUUAUUUCAAACUUGGAGAUAUCUAUGACGAAAGUUAACCUGGAAAAAUGUGAUUUCGUGCUUCUUGGCGACCUAAAUGCAAAUAUGCUGCCAUUUUCAAGAAAGAAAGAAAAACAAGAGCUUAAAAAAUUUGCAACUUCACACGAUCUUACGCAACUCAUUACUGAGGCCACCCGAGUGACGGAAACCUGUCAAUCCUUGCUUGACGUGAUUUUAGUGAACAAUGAUCACCGCAUCAAUGACUCCGGUGUUGUUCCUGUUUCGCUGAGUGAUCACUACCUCGUCUAUUGUGUUUUAAAAGCAGGUGUAAUUAAGGCACCACCGAAGACAAUUGAAUACCGCUCUUAUAAAAACUUUGAUGCGAACACCUUCCUAGCGGACUUGAAUAACGUCCCAUGGCACAUCAUUGAAAACGAGGAAGACAUCGACGACGCCGUGUUUAUUUGGAAUCACUUGUUUUCUGAAAUAGCUGACCUGCAUGCGCCCGUGAAAAGGCGAAGAAUACGAGGUGUUCCGCUCCCGUGGUUGAAUGAUACAAUCAGUGAGGUGAUGAAGGAUCGUGAUUUUCACCAUCGUAAAGCCGUGAAAACCAAUUCUGCUUUUCACUGGGCUCGCUAUAGAAAGUUAAGAAAUAGGGUCAAUCGUGAAGUCAAGGCAGCAAAAUCCAAGUAUUAUUGUGACUUGAUUUUAGAGGCUAAAGGGGAUUCAGGAAAGAUCUGGAAGGCGGUGAAUGAGGUGUCUUCGCGCAAGACUAAAUCCUCGAGCCCACAAUGUAUCGUAGUUGAUGGUGUUGAACACACCACCCCAGCCUCUAUUGCAUCCGUGCUCAACUGUUAUUUCUCAUCCAUUGGCAGAAGUCUUGCAAAUAAAAUAUCAGCUGCUGCUAUGUUCCCAGUCAGAUCGGCCACGAUGCUACAGUCUUUCUCGCUUGACGAAGUUGAUGAGAAAACAGUACUCAAGCAUCUGCUUUCUCUAAAGACAAAUAAAGCUAUUGGCUUGGACAACAUCAGUGCGAGACUUUUAAAGUGUGGCGCGCGUGCUAUUUGUCCCUCGAUCACCAAGUUACUGAAUCUCUCUAUUCGCACUGGCAAUUUUCCUGAAAUAUGGAAAUGCUCGAAAGUGGCUGCACUUUUCAAAACUGGAGAUAGGAGAGAUGCGUCAAAUUAUCGCCCAAUUUCUAUUCUGCCAACAAUGAGUAAAAUUCUGGAAAAAGUCGUCCAUUCCCAAUUCUAUGACUUUCUGAAUUCAAAUAAUCUCCUUUCAAGCAAACAAUUUGGCUUCCGUCCCAAACUGUCUACAACAUCGGCUCUCACCAGUUUUGCAGAUGAGGUCCUAUUGCAUAUGGAGAGUGGAGAACUGUGCGGUGCAGUGUUCCUAGAUCUGACCAAGGCAUUCGAUACCGUUGACCAUACGAUCUUGCUAUCUAAAUUGUCGGCUAUCGAUGUCUCGCCCAGCACUCUACAGUGGUUCAAGUCUUACCUGAAUCAUCGUAAACAGCGGACUGCCUGUAGCGAUGCUGUGUCUGACCCUCUCCCGAUGACCUUUUGGGGUGCCACAGGGGAGCAUUCUAGGACCGCUUCUCUUCUUGGUUUAUAUUAAUGACCUUCCGCUGGAUAUAAAGAAUUGCGAAGUGACUUUGUAUGCUGAUGACACGGUCCUGUACUACUUUGCUAAAGAGCCACACCUGUUAGAAGAGGCACUGAAUGAUGAUCUCUUGAAAGUUGCCCAGUGGUUACAUGGAAAUAAGUUAACUUUAAAUCUUACUAAGACGAAAUCCAUGAUUAUAGGCAGUAAUAGGAAACUUGUUGGUAUUUCCUCUUUCACGUUAUCUAUUUUGACACUGAUAUAAAUUCUGUAAGUAGUUUUAAAUAUUUGGGAGUUAUGUUGUCUUCAACUUUCACAUGGUCCGACCAUAUUGAGUAUAUUUCAUGUAAGGUUAAUAAAAACCUUGGUCUUCUACGUAGGAUUAAGUAUUAUUUACCUUAUGAUGCCCGGUUACUUUUUAUAAUAGCUUAGUGCUACCUAUUUUUGAUUAUGCUGAUUUAGUCUGGGGUGACAAGGACAAUGUCUCACUUAUGAAGGAAUUGCAAAUUCUCCAAAACAAAGCAGCUAAGUUGAUAUUAGAUAGAUCACCUCACUCCUCAUCCACCGAUGCAUUGAUUGUCUUGAGAUGGCUGAAUCUUGAAGAACGUAGGAAAUGUCAUCGAUGUAUAUAUGCAUACAAGUGUAUUAAUGGCCAACUUAAUCAUUCUUUGGACAUUGUAAGAAAGAGUGAUAUACAUUCCUACAAUACGCGCAAUAACGAUACUAUCAAGCUCCCCAAAAUUAAAUAUAAUUGGGGAAAACAACGUUCGCGGUACCACUGUUUCAAAGACUUUAAUGAAUUAGAGAGAACUGUAAGAAACUCAGCAAGUUUUCCAAUUUUUUAAGAAGUGUCUUUUUUUCUGCUUUUUAUAAUUGAGUACUUGUAGUGUGUAUGUUUUAAUUAUUUCUGUAACUCGAUUUUAGCUUGAAUUUUUUUUUUUUUUUUUUUUUUUUUUUUUUUGUAUCAUAUAUAUCGAUUUUAGCUUAACCUUUUUAUAUUUUAAUUGUAUUAUAUAAUAUACAUCUCGUAAUUAGGACCUCUAUGUAAACCACUCUUGUGAUGGAGCAUCCUAUUAAAAGAUUGUUAUUAUUAUUAAGUUCAUCUUUGAAAACAGCAAACACCGGGAAGCCGGCGGCUUAUAACCUCCGGGGGUACUCCCAUACAUUACCUAUACGGGUAUGUGCCGCCCAACGGGGUCGUGAUUUUGAAGUUCCUGAUUUAGAACGGGGUAUCCAUUUCAGAGGCGUUUUCUAGAACGGGGUAUAAAAAUUGUGGAUCACGGCUUUAUCUUCUGCUUAAAAUUGUUGUUGAUUAUGAAGAAGCAUUUAUUUGAUGUAUAAGUCGAACAAAUAAAGAAAUAUCUUUUUUAAAAAACAGGGCUAUUUCAAUUUACAAACUUUCUAGAACGGAUUACAAAAAAUUGGCCCAUUUCUAACACAGAGUAUCAGUUUUAGGGCGAAUUCUAGAACGGGGUAUAAAAAAUUGGCCCAUUUCUAGAACGGGGUAUCAAUUUUAGGGGAAAUUUUUUUUAGAACGGGGUGCCAAUUUGGUGUCCUGGGCGGCACAUACCCACCCCAAAUAUACCCAAAUGUCCCCCCGGGCUUAAAACAUAAACUUAAUCUUUAAGCUUAAAGUAGGGGGGAGCUACUUCCCAUACAUUCUCUUAAAUGAAAUCCAAACGAUGUUCUCACAACUUGCAAAGCGAUCAGCAAGGUUCUUGCCAGCGGAUUUGUGUACUGAUCAUGCGCACUACGUCAAAAACCAUAAAUCAACGGUCUUGAGAAACAAAAGCAUGGCGGUCGAAGGCGGGGCUGUUUCUCUCUAUUAUAUUUUGGUAAUUCGCAGUUUUAUUAAUUUUAUGUCGCUUUUCAGACAUAGUGUGUGGUUUUCUUUUUCUGUUAAACAAUGUCCCUCCGCAGAGUUUGGAAUAUGCAACAUAUAGCUCCGUAUAGCUGAUAAGAAUCACCGAAGAGUUGAGCUAUCGAGCAGUGUUUUGCUGCAAACUUUAGGAAAGUUGAAGUCGCUUCAAGGUACAGCGCUUUCAGUAGUAGUUGUGAUUUGUUUAUUAGGAUCGUUUUGAAUUUUAACGUUGGAUUCAAAGUGUUGACUGACCGUAAUAAACGAAGUGAAAUGUUAUGAAGUGUGGAUGUUUAUUCAGUUAUGAUAUGUAGAGCUGUAAGCUCAUAUUUAUAAAGCUCUCUGAAUACACUUGCUUCCGAUAAAUUUGAUACUUGAUGCAAAAACGAUGUAACCUAUAGCCUGCAUGACAGGCGCUUUAUGAGCCAAGCGGGGCGAACGCGAUAUUUCGCGCGGAGCGCGACACGAGCCCGAAGCGCGAGACGAGGGAAAGAGAAAAAUAAUAAAAUAAUAAUAAUAAUAAUAAUAAUAAAAUAAUAAUAAUAAUAAUAUUUUUCUCUUUCCCUCGUCUCGCGCUUCGCGCUCGUGUCGCGCUCCGCGCGAAAUAUCGCGUUCGCCCCGCUUGGCUCAUAAAGCGCCUGUCAUGCAGGCUAUGUAACCUAUAAAUCGAUCGAGCGCGUUGUUGUUGGUUAAGAUCAAACACGGCUGCGUUUUAGUUUCCCCCGCAAUUUCAGUACCGAAAGACAAAUACGAUAUGCAAGAAAAACAAAGAUGCAAGACAUUAUUUUUUCAAUUUUUUAAGCAUUUCUGAUUUCCUCUGCCGGUUCGCUUGUUGCUUCUAAAAAGUCUAAAAAUAUUUACUGUCAUUUACUGUAGGAAAAAGUGCUAUUAUCCGCUGACCAACACGCAGGGUGACCGCUUUGCAAGUUGUAAGAACAUCGUUUCUCGGUCCCAGACCUCGGCUCUUCCCCGGCUUAAAGACCCAGGAUUCUUAGAGACACUUAAUUACUCAUUUGUUUUCGUAAAUGAAAAUUGUUGUCUCUCAGUAAAUGUUCUACCUAAUUAUAUUUCUUUAUUGAUUGUUAGUAGUCUCAAAAGUGCAAUUUUCAUCGCUUUGCCGUUUGUUUUCAGUCGUUCAUGAACAUCGCUUGCCGGAGUACUCAAAAUGCCGCGCGUAUCAAACGCUUUUUAAGAUUACACAUCGUUAUAAAACCAUUAAUAAAAAAUAAACACAAUAAAUCCUUUAUCAUGUUGAAGCGUAACUCUUUUAAAAUUUCUUUGCAAAUUUGGCGCUUGUCAAAAGUUAGAACCGGCUGGCCGUAUAGGUGAUUUUGGAAAUUUUUUGAACGGUUUCGCUAAAAGUCCACGCGUGCUUUGAUGGUCCUGAAUAUUGAAUGAAUGCAAUUUGUCUUGAAAAAUUGUGAACUACUGUAUUUUGUACGAGGUCUGUAUGAUAAAAACAGCGCCUCAUAGUACUCUUUCUCCUCAGAUGUGAUGUAUAUUUAAAGUAUAAAAGGUUGGUUUGCACACACCCAGAUUUGUUUUCCAAGAAUUUGUUUUCCACGCUUAAUCUACUGUGAUCAAGAGUCAUUAUUGCUCUUAAAUGAGACCGAAGACUAUUUUUUUGGGUGUACAUAUAAGGCUAUCAACUCGAUGCAAGAUUUGUUUCACUCUAAAAUCAUUUAGCCUUUCCCUCAAAAGUCACAUGAAUGUGCCCUUAAGUUAACUGAUUUGUGGAAUACAAGUUUAUUGUUUAAUUUAAAUUAUAAAUUUAUUAAUGGGAGCUUCGCUGUUAGCCCUGGCUAAAUCUAUAUAUUAUAUAUUAUAGGGACACAGAGAUCAGUAACAUAUAAAAUUCUGUUGUCUGCAUCUUAGUAGUUGCACACGUACAUUCAAACUUGUAAUCUAUAAAAUAAUCUUCAGCGCUGACACGCUUCCUGAACUGAUUAAAAUUCAGGGUCGCAGAUGCUUCCUUGUCAUUGUAGUUAACAAAGUUUCAUAACGAAGCACUUCUAUAUGAGAGAGAAUCUCGGGGAGAAUCUUUCAUGUAUCUUGACUCGUACCUUGGUACGAGAAGAAGGUUCGGCCAAUGUUCCCAUACAUUAUAUCAGGUAAGGAUUCGCUAUGCGCCCUAUAAAAAAGUCUAAGAACAUCUAACUUGUAAUAGAAAGAAAAGGUGGGCCACUGUACUGAGCACGUCCUCCGAAUCCAUAUCCUUAGGUAAAUUGUAAAUUAAACGUGCCGCUCUUCAGUGAAGCCUGUUCACACUGGGACGAAGACUCUCAGAAACUUAUCCAAAAUGUGACAAUCCAUUUUCAAUAUUGGCGCCAAGCAGCUUCACUCCGACACAGAAAUCGCUACCGCACUCACUUUGCAUCACACGCUCCACCUAAGAAUAGACAUGGAGGCCUGUUCGCACCCCAUAGGAAGUUAGCUCAGGGUCUGAGUUUGACGCUGAGACCAACCAAGACGGCAAGUCUCCUAUCAACCUCGUCCCCAAGGGCUUUUCCCUUAAAAAAUGGGUGCCCAUUUUUUAAGGGAAAAGCCCUGGGGACGAGGUUGGUCUCCUAUGAAAAUUCUCACCGCUGGGUAUAUUCUGGGCCUUUUUUAGGAACGUUUUCAAAAAUUCGGCUACAUGUACAUUAUAGGCGAUCAAAGGGCUGCGAUGGUUCACGAUUUUUCCGUGGAGCGUUCAUACGCGGAAAUAAUUUUGUUUUCAAUCCAGAAGCUAAUUCCUUGUUGUUUCAUAAAUUCUUUGCCUUGACUAAAACAACAUCAGUGUAUGAUGCCUCAGAAAUUAUGGAAAUCAAAUAAUUAGUUAAUGUUCAUUACUGAUCAUGACCAAAAUAGUUUCGAUCAACAACAACAAUAAGUUUUAUUUGCAUUACUAUAACAAAGUAUUACAGCAUUGCAAAAAAUACUUGAAUUUAAUUAUUGAUUCCUUUUAAAAUUAAAUAUUUAAAAUAACUUUAAAUAUAAUAAUCAUUGCUUAUUUUCAACCAUCAGUAGGAUUAAUUAUUCCGAUCAUUUGCUGAUAAGACUGAGUGUCAAAUCAGCCAUUGCAAAACUAUCUUUUGAGAAGCCCAUUACUUUACCAAAGAACAAUAACCAACCAAAAAACAUAUUACAUGGGCUGGGAUAGUGACUUUCACUCGGAUAGUAGCAGGGGCACCCAACGACUGUUUUCUGUAUGAUAUCUGUACGGAGAAGCAAACAUUGCCUGAAAUUUUCUAUUAUUUGAGCACAGCUACAAAUUUCUAGGUGACUGUUCCAUUCAUGUACAAUUUUCGAAGCUUACGUAAUAAAUUCCCUACGAUUUUUUGAAGUUUAAUUUUUCACAUUUGACUCUCCAGGUUUCUCUAUUUUCUCGUAGUAGAAAGAAAACAUACAAUUUUCGAAUUCAAAAAUGCAAUGGAGAGAGGAAUUAGAAAAAUUCUCACUUUCGCAAAGCGUUAAAUUGCACCUAAAAUUUUCGGGAAAGUAAUACUGAAGCCCUAAUAAUUUCGAAAAGACUCAAGUGGCCCUGGACCACCGAACAGAUAGAAAGUUUAUAGCACCACUGAAAAUGCAUUUCUAGAGAUGUAAAAGUACUCUGGAUAGCCUAAAAAAUGAUUUCAAUGUAUUUAGGAGGAAACCGUCGAUGGGUGCCCCUGUAGUAGGUUUGUUGAGAGUUUCUGUGGAGGUUUGUGUUAGUUAAUGAAUUCUUGGAUCUAUAAAAGUUUCUGGGAAACUGCCCACCUACCCCUCCCCUAAGCUAACAUUAACACUUACUUCUCGCUUAGGGCAAAAUGAUGGCUUGGGGGAGGAGUAGGUGGGCAGUUUCCCAGAAACCUAAAUUGCAAAUGUUUGAUGAAAUAAAGAAUUUCUCUUUUUAUUCUUUCCUUAUUUACGUGAUAGAUGUGUCACCCACAGGGAACCUAGACUGUGAAAUAACUGCACAGAAAUGCCAACCGCCUUUUCAGACGAUAACAGUAACGCCCAAAGACUCUAAAGUGACUUUGAACUGCUCGAUUAAGAAUGGGGGAAAAGUACAAGAAAUGACUUGGCAGAACCUUGAAAAACACCUUAAUGCCAGUAAGGCCGGUCUGUUCUUACAACAAAUCGAUUCAAAGAAUAGAAGUCAGCCACGUGAAUGUUUUUCUUUAAAAUACGCCAGUGAGUAUGUUCUUCUUUCGCUCUUUCUGUAUUAAAUUGAUGGGGAGAAAAAUAUCGUAAUGCGCCCAUCAGUUUUUUUUGUUUGGGUCUUAUUUUUUAAAUGGAUUAUAACGCAUCCUAUGAAUGCCUCGUAACAGGUUUAGGCAGAUUCAAGCUCAGCUGAGGCAAUUUUUACGGUUGAUUGAGCGUAAAAACAGUUGAAGAUGGUUCCCCGCUGAACUCUAGUUGCUCAUGCCAUGCUGGAGGGCAAGCAAAGCAAAGGGACAUGACAAACAACAAACAAAGGAAUCAUUUCAAAUUAUGUUAGCUUUUUGUUUGGCUUGACUCAGUGCGUAAGGCCUCGCUCUCCAGCAUGGCAGGUUUGUACCACAAAAGUGACUUACUGCAAAGGGCCUAUUUAAAAUGAACAAGGCAUGGAGUAAAACAUGGUUGGUUGGAAGGUGUCGGUAACAGAGAUGACUGUAGUUAUCUUAAAAAUCGUGAGCUAAGGAACGACGACGACGGCAGUGAAAAUGUCGCUAAAAAAUUAAAUUUGCCUCAUUUCAAAAUGUUAUCGGGUCUAUUUGGACCUGCUAAAUUUGCAGAAUUUGUUAAAUGUAGACGAUUUCCCUUGGAGGUGAAUUCUUAAGGACUUUAUCCAGGUUCAGAAAGAAAAAGGAGAAUUUGCUCACUUUCUCUGUAAAACGUCGUAUUCCUUGAUUAGGAGGUUUCACUUCAUAGUCUUGCAGUCAACGCCCGGAGGGAUACUCCCAUACAUUACCUAUACGGGUAUGUGCCGCCCAACGGGGUCGUGAUUUUGAAGCUCCUGGUUGAGAACGGGGUAUCCAUUUCAGAGACGUUUUCUAGAAAGGGGUACAAUAUUUCAAACGCACGAAAGCUCCAGUUUUGUAAGCAGCCAUUUAAAAUUAUUCAAGGACAGAUUGCUUUUAAAAAUACGGUUCAAUGCGUUAACAAGCAAACUGUUAUACUCUUGUUGCACCCUAGAACGAAGUAUAAAAAAUUAGCCCAUUUCUAGAAAGGGUAUCAGUAUUAGAGCUUAUUCUAGAACGGAGUAUAAAAUAUUGGCCCAUUUCUAGAACGGGAUAUCAAUUUUAGGGGAAUUUAUUUUUAGAACGGGGUACCAAUUUGGAGUCCAGGGUGGCACAUACCCACCCAAAAAAUACCCAAGUGCGCCCUCCGGGAGUCAACGUCAAAGAAAUGUACUAAGAAGCUUGACGCACGUGCAGCAACUAUUGUUUUCAUGUUAAAACCAAUUGGUGGUCGUGGUGGUUCAGAUUUUUACAUUUCAGAUUUUGAUAUUUUUUCCACUAAUUCGAGAAGUUGCUAUAAAAAUUACAAAUAUAUUACAAAAACAAGGGGAAGAAAACCAGCAAAUUACAUAAAUCCUGAUCAAAGGUGAAAUGUGCGCAGUGGCCAAAGAAGCUUAGGCUUUCGAGUUGGUCACUUAAGCUCCCUACAAUGUUUAAAUGACUGGGUGCAUGACUUAUGAGCUUUGAAAUUAAGACGAAGAAUUCCUUCUCAGUUCCAGUUAAGAGAGUAUCUAAGACAAGUUCUCCCGUUGACUUCUAUUCUGACACAAAACAAAUGGAACUGAAGUGUACCUUCAAGGGAUGGCCUCAUCCUCGUGUAGUUUGGUACAAUCCAGACAAAAAGCAAAUCAUCAACGGAUCUGAAGGUUUUUACAUCUCGGAGCAGCUGGAUGGAGAGGAUACCUUAACUUCCCUUCUCCGUAAUGCUAAUAUCCAAGAAAAACAAGCAGGGGCUUAUAAAUGCACUGGAAUGAACAACAUUACCGGCUGGUCGAUUGAAAAAUCAGGGAUAAUUGACCUGAUUUAUGGCUGUGAGUCAUUUAAUUUCUUAUUUGAAUUCUUCUUAUACACACGGAUACACAAAACUACCUUAAUUAACAGUACCUCCUUUGUAUCAGGUUCAGCAUAAAAAAGUAUUGCCAUGUCUACCCUAUAAGCAAUGGAAAGUAUCCCAUUUAGACUAAGAGGGACAGCUCAUUCUCUCUUGAUUUAGACGGAAUUUAAUAUUGGGUGCCUCAUGUUUUAAAUAACAGAUAAAGUUAUUCCCAGCUGAUUUAAAAGAAAUCAAUAUAACUGAAAAUUUCGUGCCACCUUCCUCUUUCCAUUCAGACCAAUUGGACGCUGCAAUUUUUAUUUGUUUAUCCCUCGGGUCACAAGGGAUAAGUAAAUAAGUAAAUAAAUAAAUGACGAUUUAGUGGCGCUAGCUCAUCCACAUAAUGGUUCUUUGUCUGCCAUUCUGGCUCAAAUUUACCCCGCGCAGCUGGCGGGAUUAACGUGGGAGUGAUGUAUUUUUUUGGCGGCGAUGGCGGAAUAAGGGUGAGAAGCAACAAAACUCAACCAGGCCGGCCACAUAUGAAGUUGCCUGAGGAAUCAAGCACAGGACAGUCAUUAAUGAGAGGGGAGUGUUCUCACCUGAAAUACAGUAGAACGUCUAUAUAACGAAAUCAUCGGUAUAAUUACAACUAUUCCACCAGUGUGCGUUGGAUAUGAGAUGGUAGGGAGCCAACGAGGCGCGUAGCACCGAGUUGGCAGAAAGAAAAAGGAGAAUUUGUCGUCGUAUUUUCACUUUCUCUAUAAAACGUCGUAUUCCUUGAUUAGGUUUCACUUCAUAGUCCUGCAGUCAACGUCAAAGAAAUGUACUAAGAAGCUUGACGCACGUGCAGCAACUGUUGUUUUCAUGUUAAAACCAAAUGUGUUUUGACGUUGUCGUCGUGGUGGUUCAGAUUUUUACAUUUCAGAUUUUGAUAUUUUUUUCCACUAAUUCAAGAGGUUGCUAUAAAAAUGAAACAAAUAUAUUACAAAAACAAGAAGAAGAAAACCAGCAAAUUACAUAAAUCCUGAUCAAAGGUGAAAUGUGGGCAGUGGCCAAAGGAGCUUAGGCUUUCGAGUUGGUCACUUAAGCUCCCUACAAUGUUUAAAUGACUGGGUGCAUGACUUAUGAGCAUUGAAAUUAAGACGAAUAAUUCCUUCUCAGUUCCAGUUAAGAGAGUAUCUAAGACGAGUUCUCCCGUUGACUUCUAUUCUAACAACAAACAAAUGGAACUGAAGUGUACCUUCAAGGGAUGGCCUCGUCCUCGUGUAGUUUGGUCCAAUCCAAAAAACAAACAAAUCAUCAACGGAUCUGAAGGUUUUUACAUCUCGGAGCAGCUGGAUGGAGAGGAUACCUUAACUUCCCUUCUCCGUAAUCCUGAUAUCCAAGAAAAUCAAGCAGGGGCUUAUAAAUGCACUGGAAUGAACAACAUUACCGGCUGGUCGAUUGAAAAAUCAGGGAUAAUUGACCUGAUUUAUGGCUGUGAGUCAUUUAAUUUCUUAUUUGAAUUCUUAAUAUACACACGGAUACACAAAAACACCUUAAUUAACAGUACCUCCUUUGUAUCAGGUUCAGCAUAAAAAGGUUUUUCCCGUGUUUGCCCUGUAAGCAAUGGAAAGUAUCCCUUUUAGACUAAGAGGGACAGCUCAUUCUCUCUUGAUUUAGACGGAAUUUAAUAUUGGGUGCUUCAUGUUUUAAAUAACAGAUAAAGUUAUUCCCAGCUGAAUUUAAAAGAAAUUGAUAUAACUGAAAAUUUCGUGCCACCUUCCUCUUUCCAUUCAGACCAAUUGGACGCUGCAAUUUUUAUUUGUUUACCCCCCGGGUCACAAGGGAUAAGUAAAUAAGUAAAUAAAUAAAUAAAUAACGAUUUAGUGGCACUAGCUCAUCCACAUAAUGGUUCUUUGUCUGCCAUUCUGGCUCAAAUUUACCCCGCCCUGAUGGCGGGAUUAACGUGGGAGUAAUGUAUUUUUUUGGCGGCGAUGGCGGAAUAAGGUUGAGAAGCAACAAAACUCAACCAGCACGACCACGUAUGUACGGAAGCCCAGGGGGGCCAGAUAGUGAUUUCGUUUUUAUUUUUCACUUUUCGGUUUUUAUUUUUUCCGUUUCCGUUUUUGUUUUUUACUUUUCAGUUUUUGUUUUAAACGUUUUGAUUUUCACUUCGUCAUUUUGCUUUUCGGUUUUGGUUUUGGUUUUUAUUUUGUCCUUUUCCGUUUUUGUUUUUAACGUUUUGAUUUUCACUUCGUCAUUUUGCUUUUUGGUUUUGCUUUUGAGUUUGAUUUUUUACCUUUCCGUUUUUGUUUUUAACGUUUUGAUUUUCUCUUCGUCAUUUUGCUUUUUGGUUUUGCUUUUGAUUUUGAUUUUUUACUUUUCUGUUUUUGUUUUAAACUUUUUGAUUUUCACCUAGCAAUUUUAAUCUAUAUUAUGAAAACCAAAACCAAAACCAAAACCUUAUUAUAACAUUUGAAAACGAAAACCAAAAAAACCAAAACCGACAGCGUAGACCAUCAUGCUUUGCUGGAGGAUCAAUAUUGCGGAUCAAGGUGUCCAUUCGGCGGAGUGCGGCUUUGUUGAUGAUGUUAGCCCAGGUAAAUUAUCUGAUUUCAUCUCCAUUGAUUGCUCUGAAUCGUAAAUUGUAUCUUUUUUCAACGCACCUUUUAAUUCUUCUAUUAAAGCUAUGGAAAUCCCGUUAAUCGACUCCAAGACCAAUGCUACAAUUGUGGAAUAUGUUCAAGUAGACGGGAUUUUGGCGUGGAUUGGAGGCACUAACGUGGUGUAGGCUAUCGCACAUUAGUCAAGCUUUCAUUUACAGUGGAUCGUAACCGCAUAUGAGACUGUGAAUAUCGAGAGGAAUAAAAUCUUUGAGCAUAAUGGAAGGAUAAAAGUAUGGCCAUUACGUUUUUAACACGUGUCGGUUCUCAAUCAUGUAACAACAAUAACAACGGCUCAAAACAAUUCUUAUGGAUAAAACCUAGGUGAAACUGCUAAGUUUUAUGUAGAAGUAAUGAACAGUAAGCGACAAAAAGAGGGCAAAUUUGGUCACGUGGUAUACAAAUUCACGUUUACCAUUUGUCUUGAAGGUCACUGUACAUUUAUUGUUGUUCUUGUAACUCGUGUUCCAUCGAAGCACUUACAUUUAUUACGUCCGUGCGUUCCAUAAUUUUAAGGAGAGUUGAAAACUGGAGAACCAGAAAAACUGACCUCCAGUCUCUGAGCAACGGAAGGAACCAUCAAUUCUUGAAGAAAUUUAUCAGGCUAGUGAAGAUGAUAAGUCGAUUUAAAUGUUCUUAAAACAUAGCCAGUCUUAAUGAUGCUGACAGUUUCGAUGACUGUCAGCCAUCUUUAUCAAAACUUGGAAAACAUUCAAAGUGGCAGAAGCCUUAAAUAGGCUUUUGAAGCUGUUAAUUAUUGCGAUAAACGCGCAAAGUCACUCUGUAGACGCCCCCUCCCCCCCUGGUUUGGGGGUGGAGAUCACCCACCUCAGGAUUUGAACCCGAGCAUUGGUGACAAGCGAGUUCUCUCUCUGCAUCUCCCUUGCUCGGAGUAGUAUAAAAGUACCAUGCAAAGGCAAGACAGUGAAUUAUUAUACUCUUUUGCCUUUACCGUGACAAAUCAGAUCAUAGAUUUAUAGAUUUGUCACUCAUGACUGCGUACAUUCUGGGUAGUCACGUAACUCUUCAUGGGGUAACAUAAUUUCUAAGAAAGCUUUAACAAUAACCGAAAAAACAACAACAAAAAAACGUCUUCCAGCGGAGUAUCUUUUAUAGAAAUCCGGACGAGAGACACUAUUUUUUGUCAUGGACUAACAAAGUUUCCGUUUUUUUCACUGCAGUGUACGUACAUUAAAGAGGCGUUUUAAGGCCCUCAAUAUUAAACGCCAUGUCCAGGUGUCACAAAGAGUAAUUCUGAAUGCCGUUUCGGUGAGCCAUUUUUAGUUGUUUGCCUACUUUCCAGUUAUAUGCUUUCUGUAUAGACACAGUUAAAAGAAGGUCCAUGCAUGAUUACACGAGUGACAAAUCUAUAAAUCUAUGAUCUGAUUUGUCACGGUAAAGGCAUAAGAGUACAAUAAUUCACUGUCUUGCCUUUACAUGGUACUUUUAUACUACUCCGAGCAAGGGAGACGCAGAGAGAGAACUCGCUUGCCAAAAAUGUAGCUCGGGUUCAAAUCCUGAGGUGGGUGAUCUCCACCCCCAAACCAGGGGGGGAGGGGGCGUCUACAGAGUGACUUUGCGCGUUUAUCGCAAUAAUUAACAGCUUCAAAAGCCUAUUUAAGGCUUCUGCCACUUUGAAUGUUUUCCAAGUUUUGAUAAAGAUGGCUGACAGUCAUCGAAACUGUCAGCAUCAUUAAGACUGGCUAUGUUUUAAGAACAUUUAAAUCGACUUAUCAUCUUCACUAGCCUGAUAAAUUUCUUCAAGAAUUGAUGGUUCCUUCCGUUGCUCAGAGACUGGAGGUCAGUUUUUCUGGUUCUCCGGUUUUCAACUCUCCUUAAAAUUAUGGAACGCACGGACGUAAUAAAUGUAAGUGCUUCGAUGGAACACGAGUUACAAGAACAACAAUAAAUGUACGGUGACCUCUAAGACAAACGGUAAACGUAAAUUUGUAUACCGUGUGACCAAAUUUGCCCUCUUUUUGUCGCUUACGGCUCAUUACUUCUACAUAAAACUUAGCAGUUUCACCUAGGUUUUAUCCAUAAGAAUUGUUUUGAGCCGUUGUUAUUGUUGUUACAUGAUUGAGAGCCGACACGUGUUAAAAACUUAAUGGCCAUACUUUUAUCCUUCCAUUAUGCUCAAAGAUUUUAUUCCUCUCGAUAUUCACAGUCUCAUCAGUGUACGCGAUUACGAUCCACUGUAAAUGAAAGCUUGACAAAUGUGCGAUAGCCUACACCACGUUAGUACCUCCAAUCCACGCCAAAAUCCCGUCUACUUGAACAUAUUCCACAAUUGUAGCAUUGGUCUUGGACUUUCUGAUCCAGUCGAUUAACGCGAUUUCCAUAGCUUUAAUAGAAGAAUUAAAAGAUGCGUUGAAAAAAGAUACAAUUUACGAUUCAGAGCAAUCAAUGGAGGUAAAAUCAGAUAAUUUACCUGGGCUAACAUCGUCAACAAAGCCGCACUCCGCCGAAUGGCAUGGACACCUUGAUCCGCAAUAUUGAUCCUCCAGCAAAGCAUGAUGGUCUACGCUGUCGGUUUUGGUUUUGGUUUUCAUAAUAUAGAUUAAAAUUGCUAAGAGAAAAUCAAAACGUUUAAAAAAAAAAACGGAAAAGUAAAAAAUCAAAAUCAAAACCAAAACCAAAAAGCAAAAUGACGAAGUGGAAAUCAAAACGUUAAAAACAAAAACGGAAAAGUAAAACAUCAAAACCAAAACCAAAGCCAAAAAGCAAAAUGACGAAGUGAAAAAACGUUAAAAACAAAAACGGAAAAGUGAAAAAUCAAAAUCAAAACCAAAAUCAAAAAGCAAAAUGACGAAGAGAAAAUCAAAACGUUAAAAACAAAAACGGAAAACGACAAAAUAAAAACCAAAACCAAAACCGAAAAGCAAAAUGGCGAAGUGAAAAUCAAAACGUUUAAAACAAAAACUGAAACGUAAAAAACAAAAACGGAAACGUAAAAAAUAAAAACCGAAAAGUGAAAAAUAAAAGCGAAAUCACUAUCUGCCCCCCUUGGGCUUCGGUACAUAUGAUGUUGUCUGAGGAAUCAAGCACAGGACAGUCAUUAAUGAGAGGGGAGUGUUCCCACCUGAAAUACAGUAGAACCUCUAUAUAGUAUAGUGACGUAUUUUUUUGGCGGCGUUGGUGGAAUAAGGGUAAGAAGCAACAAAACUCAACCCGGCCGGCCACAUAUGAAGUUGCCCUGAGGAAUCAAGCACAGGACAGUCAUUAAUGAGAGGGGAGUGUUCUUGUAAAUUGACCUUGUAAAUAUCUUAUUAUCCACUCCCCUCAGGGCUUUUCAGGGAUAAUUUACAACACUGGUUGGGGGACUUUGCCAGACUGCUUAAGGUGCAGUUUACAAGUAAUGAAGGAAUGAGUAAUGAUGCCCCCAUACAUGAGUGCGAAAGUGAGAUAGACCACUACACCGGGCACUACGUGCCCUACUCUUUACGAAGAGUGUGUGGGUUCUUUAACGUCCCACAGAUUUAAUACAUGUGCAAGGGCUUGUGAGACGGGGCCUACGGUUUAUCGUCCUUAUCCGAGAAGACUAGAAAGUCUAGCCGUUUGCAGAUAUUAUUACAAAGGCAGCACUUUCUCCUCAGUUAUUUAAAGACCCUGAGUGUUGGUCCGGCCGGGGUUUGAACCCGCGACCUCCCGCUCAGCAGACCGGCGCUCUCCCAACUGAGCUAACCAGGCUCAUUUGACUGAUCUUGUUCUCACCUAAAAUACAGUAGAACCUCUAUAUAACGAAUUCGUCGGUAUAAUUAACAAUUAUUCCACCAGUGUGCGUUGGAUAUGAGAUGGUAGGGAGCCAACGAGGCGCGUAGCACCGAGUUGGCAGAAAGAAAAAGGAGAAUUUGUCGUCGUAUUUUCACUUUCUCUAUAAAACGUCGUAUUCCUUGAUUAGGAGGUUUCACUUCAUAGUCAUGCAGUCAACGUCAAAGAAAUGUACUAAGAAGCUUGACGCAAGUACAGCAACUGUUGUUUUCAUGUUAAAACCAAAUGUGUUUUGACGUUGACGUCGUGGUGGUUCAGAUUUUUACAUUUCAGAUUUUGAUAUUUUUUCCACUAAUUCAAGAGGUUGCUACAAAAAUUACAAAUAUAUUACAAAAACAAGAUGAAGAAAACCAGCAAAUUAGAUAAAUCCUGAUCAAAGCUGAAAUGUGGGCAGUGGCCAAAGGAGCUUAGGCUUUCGAGUUGGUCACUUAAGCCCCCUAGUUUAAAUGACUGGGUGCAUGACUUACGAACUUUGAAAUUAAGACGAAGAAUUCCUUCUCAGCUCCAGUUCAGAAAGGAGAUAAGACAAGUUCUCCCGUUGCCUACUAUCCUAACACGACAGAAAUGGAACUGAAGUGUACCUUCAAGGGAUGGCCUCGUCCUCGUGUAGUUUGGUACAAUCCAGAUAAAAAAAAAAUCAUCAACGGAUCUGAAGGUUUUUACAUCUCAGAGCAGCUGGAUCGAGAGGAUACUUUAACUUCCCUUCUCCGUAAUCCUGAUAUCCAAGAAAAACACGCAGGGGCUUAUAAAUGCACUGGAAUGAACACCAUUACCGGCUGGUCGACUAAAAUAUCAGCGUAUAUUGACCUGCAUUAUCGCUGUGAGUCAUUUUAUUUCUUAUUUCAAUUCUAAUACUACGGAUGUGCAAAACUACCUCCUUUGAAGCAGGUUCAUAAAAACAUAAUACCAUGUUUCUCCUGUAAGCAAUGGAAAGUAUCCCAUUCAGACUAAGAGGGACAGCUCAUUCUCUCUUGAUUUAGACGGAAUUAAAUACUGGGUGUUUCAUAUUUCAAAUAACAGAUUAACUUAUUCCUAACUGAAUUUAAAAAAAUGUAACUGACAAUUUCGUGCCACCUUCCUCUUCCAUUUAGACUAAAUGGACGCUGGAAUUUCUAUUUGUUUACCCCUCGGAUCACAAGGGAUAAGUAAAUAAGUAAAUAAAUAAUGAUUUAGUGGCGAUAUCUCAUCCACAAAGUGGUUCUUUGUCUACCAUUCUGGCUCAAAUUUACCCCGCGCAGCUGGCAGGAUUAACGUGGGAGUGAUGUGUUGUUUUGGUGGCAAUGGAGGAAUAAGGGUGAGUACCAACAAAACUCAACCCGGCCGGCCACAUAUGAUAUUGCCCGAGGAAUCAAGCAGAGGACAGUCAUUAAUGAGAGGGGAGUGUUCUCACCUGAAAUUCAGUAGAACCUUUACAUAACAAAGUCGUCGGUAUAAUUGACAAUUAUUCCACAUAUUCCACGAGUGUGCGUUAGAUAUGAGAUGGUAGUUAGCCAACGAGGCGCGUAGCACCGAGUUGGCUAUAAUCAUCUCAUAUCCAACAAGCGCGAGUGGAAUAAUUAUUCUAUUAAAAACGCCCACAAAAUAUUGAGGAAUCUUCCCAACUUUAUUUGUAAACCAACUGAUUUUCAUCUUGUUUUUAAUUUUGAGCAGACGCGUACAGUUACCAUAUUUGAAGAGCAUGGUAUAACGGCUCAUAUACAAUGAUGGCUAAGCCAACCAUAGCUGUAGAAUUGCAUUAUCCAAUGAUUCAAUUUUUAAUAAUAAGUGAUACUCUCCCCCCCCCCCAGAAAUAAGACAGUCAAACCGCGAAAAUCUCGACAAUGAACGGGCCGUACAAAGAAAGAGUCCGUAUUAACGGGGUGACCUUAUUAAGCUGGUAGAAAAUGAAAGGGCUUUCUUUCCCCAGGGACAAAGCAAACUGUCCGUAACAAUGAGAUGUCUGUAUUGAGCGGGUUUCCAGACUGGAGCGGGGUUUGACUGUACAAUAAAUAAAAGGAACCUCGAUAUAACAAAACCUCUUUAAAGCGAGCAUAUUUUGCCAGUCCUUUGGGUCUUCGUUCAGCUGUUCGUUAUAUCGAGAUCCCAAUGUAAAGUGUUAUGUGAUUGUUAGAAAGACAAAAGGAGACCCCGAAUAGCUAUUGAAAUCAACACUUAGCAGCAGAGGCCAUAUUGGUGGGAGGUAAGAGAAGUGAGGUUCAUCCGAUCAACCGAUCGUUAGAGCGCCUCUAAAGAUGGCGUGACGAGACAAGUCGCAAAAGAGGGAACCAGUGGGAUAAACACAAUCAACACGUAAAAACUCCAAAGCUUUGUGAUGCCCCAUAUAGUCACAAAUACUCAGGAGGGGAAGGUAAGAGUAAAAAUGUUACCCCCUACGGUUACACAAAAAAAUGGUAACGAUUUUCAAAUAAUAUUUGCUCAUCAUAUCUUCUUAUCAUCUAAUACAGGUUUCGUGCCUAAAGCUCCGCAGAUUACUUCUCUCGAGGUUUCCAAGAAAGCCUACCUCAAUGUCAGGUUAAAGUGCAGAGUAGGUGUUAGCCCAAGCAACUGUAUUGACAAUUCUUUGCAGUGGUAUUUUAACAACAGCUCAGUGAAAUUAAAAUCUGGUGAAAAGUAUGUUAUACAAGAAAGGAAAACCAACACCAAAUGCAAAAAAGAUUUCAUUCUCACCAUUGUUAACGCUACUGAUGCAGACAAAGGAGAGUAUAAAUGUCGCUAUGUCUGCAACUUCGGCUAUUCCUGGUCUUCAACUAUCCAGUUGGAAGUAUUUCCAGGUACUGAUAAUCCUGUUAUAUCUAAAGGUCUAACCGCUCAAAAGCCCGAGGGGGGCGGGGGGUGUUAUUUGGAUAGAUUUUUGCUGGGUACGUUCCGCUGGCCUCUCAGAGCCCCUACCCCAUUAUAGUCUAUUCUGUGGCCAAUUAUAGACCCCAUCUUAGUCACUUUUGGGCAAAUGUGCAGUUUUCGGGUUCCCAACUUAGUAACUUUCUAUUUUUAUGAAUCGACCCAUUUUUAUAUUGAAUGAGUAGUACAAACAUUCUGGUACGUUUGCUAACCAUAAAUAUGAAGAACUGUUUUCCCCAAAAACUCCGAAAAUGUGCGACCCCAUUAUAGUCAAUCCAGUCGUGAAAAUGGACCCCAUCCAGCGGCACAUCCCCACUAGACUCUUAUACGGAAGUCCCCUCCCCUCCCCCUCGGGCUCAAAACAGUAACACAGCAAAUGCAAAAGGAGUCAUGUCAUGUGAGGACAAGCUUGAAGGGUUGAAACUGGUUGCAACUAAGUGUUCCAUAAGAAAACGAAGAAUUUAAUCCGAAGAAUAACUCGCAAUUGUAUAACAGUAAUUUUAUUUGAUCUGAAAUCAAAUUCUAUUCUACUUAAAAAGUGUAAUCAAAUAAUUGAUAAAUGAAACUAGAAAAAGCGGAAUAAAUGCCGAUAAAAACUAAACGUUGAUACAAGCGAAAUCACGUGGUUCUUGAAACAAACUCAAUUUAAGCUACUUUAACUCUGUUGAAAAGGUAACGAAAGAAAGAAUAAACUAACAAAACGAAGGUAACAUACAGUUCAGUUGCUUCUACGGCGAGUUUUCUAAAAUUUCCUUGAAUAAGCAUUAAAUCGUUCCGGGUAGCAGGUAAACUGUUAACACUUUGAUCCUUGCAGUACGGUGGUCGGUAAAAAGCUUAUAAAAACUCGAACAAAGCGGGUACUUUUGUGCUUCCUGUUGGGCGUUUACGGGUUUCCUACUUUUGCCAGCAAGAUUAAAUAUAAAAAUUCCUUGAAUAGUUAUUUUACUACGUUAACUCUGAGGUUUUUGAAAACUCAAGAAGACUAAAAGUUUUUCAAAAUUCAUUUUUUUUUUGCCUGUAACUUUUCAUAUAAUGUGUCGGAAACAAAUGUGUUUGACUUAAAGCAAUGAUUUUGUCAUUUGCAAGUGAUUUUACGCUGAGUUCCAGCAAACCAUGACGUCAUAGCCCAUUUGUUUCGGUGAGAGGGUACUCCCUUUGUAAGCGAAUCGUUUAAAACCAUUUGGGUCUGAAACAGGGAAAGGUUUUGCGCCGUUUGAAUACAGGGUCUGAAAUUACAUGUUCGUGCAUGAGUUUUUUAUAUUUUUGUUGUUGCUAUUGUUUUAAAUCAUCCGUCUUCAGGUCUGUGAAUAGGGUAGGAAAAGUCGUACUCUACCGAAACGGGUCUACAGCGAAUUCCAUAAAUACGUGCACUUGAAAUUUCCUUUUAAACGGAUAGGGCAAUUGGAGGGUAAAGAUUACUUCUGUUUUUGAAAUAAUUAUAGUGUAAAUUAUAGCUGAAAUUUCUACUCGUGUGGGGCUAUUUAUUUUUAGGUGCCAGACAGCAACUCUGUCGCGAUACCCAUCAAGGGGACGGCGAAUCGUAACACCAUCCUUUAUCUGCAUAAUCGUUUCACAUGAUACCAUAGCCGAAUCAGAAUCCAGUAUUGCAUCUGGGUUGAGUAAUGUAUUAGGUUCCAGACCCUUUUAUAUUUUAGGGCAGGUUUUGCACAUGCGCAGUUGCAUUAAAAGAAUGACUAGCAAAUGGUUCGUUUCGUGUUGUUGUUUAAGACCAGAAUAUUACAAUUUUGGCGACGAGGAUGGCGCUUGUAGGUCAAGUUCGGGAGUAUGUGAACGGUACAGAAGAUAUUGCAAGUUAUAUCGAAAGAGUGGAAUUGUAUUUUGCGGCGAAUUAUGUCAAGGCGGAUUACAAAGUUGCUACGUUUCUAGCGUUUAUCGUAGCAGAUGCAUAUGACGUGCCGCGAAAUUUGUUAGCCCCUGAACGUCCAGUAUAUAUAAGUCUUUUGUGUAAUAGUAUGAAAAGCUGACUGAACGAUUUGGAAACCAGCUCUAAUUUCAAAGUCACUGAUCAAUAAGUUCCUGGAGAUAUCAGCAGAUCAGGAUGAAAACAAUUUGACAACUCGCGCUACAUAUAUUGUAAGAACAUUCAUGGGGCAGGCUUUGGACCAGCAACUAAAAUGCAGCAGAUUGUUACAAAGCUAGCUCCAAAAAGUUUUGCAGUAAGGUGAAGCAGGCAAAAGUUAAAGCUACAGCCCAAAUAAGUUUACCUUAGCGACCUAGAUGAGUGGCUGAAACCGAGAGUCAAGUCGAAGUGAUAGGCUUUGGUUGCUCCACUAAUAUGCCAUGUUGGAGGGCGAGAAAAGCAAAGGGACAUGACAAACAACAAACAAAGGAAUCAUUCUAAGUGAUGCUACAACCAGUUGCAAAAAUGAUGAGACACUCCCACGGAAAAACAACCUUUCUUGCUUCAAAUAUAUCGCUCCUGGUCACAGGUCUGUAAAAUAUAAUACUGACCUCCCUCCUCCCUCCCAUUCAAAGUUGUUCCUCCAAGUUUUGAGUAUGGUCUUGUAUUGCUAGCAACUUUGAUAAGGGGUGGAGGGGGGAUCACAAGCACAAGAUCAUGGACAGGCCAUGUAUGGCAAAAUACGGUACAGUGUCUCAAGUACUUUUGCAACUGGUUGUCUCAUUUAAGGUUUACUUCAAGAAGCAAUUUCCACGUCUUAAAUUCCCAAAACGAAGACUAUAGCGACAUAAAUAAAUAGAAUGGCACUUUGUGUUGCUUUUCGCAGCCGAUACAUCAUUGUCAUUGAUAGCAAACUGCCUAAAAAAGCGCUUAAGAAUGUAGUGACUUGUAAAUUUUGCCUCAGUUUUGUUGUAACGCAUGCGCCAUUAUCUAACGUGACAUAGGUUAAAGUUUCGGCGUUGUAAUUAAGCUCUGAGAAGCGCGAAUGCAUAAUAACAGCAUAAUUUUCCUUUUCUUGGUAUUUAGAGAUACUAUAGUUGCGAAUAAAGCUGCCAAACCUUCAUUUUCACUCCUGUAUCUGUAACGCAAUGACAUUUGAUAUGCAAUGGCGUUAUGUAAUCGGUAUACCGCGUGACUUGUUUUUCAACUUCGCUGUUAAAGUAAAACCGUUCCGUUUUUUUCAUCUACUACGGUGAAAAUAAGAUGGUUAUUAAAGUCCGUUAGAGCUAGAGAGCAGAAAAAGUUGUGUGCUAUGUUAAUUUCUAUUUUCGGACGGUCUACCAUCGUCCACGGUCUACCACUCUGCAACAGUAAGAAAUAGAAUAUAUUAUUAUAUUUAUCUCAUAUGAUGGUAGACCGUGUAGACCGCUGAAGCACGUAAAUUCCUGACAUUGCUGUGCUGAAAAAUUGCUUUUCUUGGGGAUAGUGUCUUCCUUUUUGCAAAGAAAUAAAUUUCCUUACCAAGUACAGAACAACAAAGCCACGUUAUAGGCGAGCUCUCGCGACUAUGUUACUGAAAUACGCGCGUGAGUUUUCAUUAUCUGAUGCCUAUAGCCACACUCGGGCUUCAAAAUCGAAACAAAGUUGUACGACGACCAAAGAGUAAACACAAAUCCAAACUUUUGUUAAGUAAAGUAAAGUCGACAACAGCUGCUUUUUAGCGUAACUUUUCUUUCCUGUAAAUGGCAGGCGAUAAAAGAGGAACCACGUCCACGCACUUAUCGGAAACAACAACAAAAAGCUAUCUCCUUGAUCUAGCGGGGCAUCUUACGUCACUUUCCUUCCAUAAAUAAACAUCUUUUAACCGAGUUCGAAGGAAAUAUAUUAUUUUUCGCAUCUCUGUAGCGUUUUAGGACCGAAAACCCCUUUCGUUGCAGCUUACUUAAGAUGGUGUAGCAUCUUUUGCCACGUGCUUCCUUUAAAAGCCCAAUUUCUUGCAUAUUACCACAUAAACAAAAGGGCCAACAACUGCCGUUUUUCUCUCGCCAUUUUUAAACAGGGAAACCGACAAAAAUGAAAUACAUUUUUAUAUAACCACCUCCUUAGGUGCUAAGAGUGCACCACGUUUUACCCUGUUUAAUAAUCGUGCACCACGGCUAUAGGGGUAUGAAGGACUCAGACAACCAGUUGCAAAAAUGAUGAGACACUCCCACGGAAAAACAACCUUUCUUGCUUCAAAUCGUUCCUGGUCACAGGUCUGUAAAAUAUAAUACUGACCUCCCUCCUCCCUCCCAUUCAAAGUUGUUCCUCCACGUUUUGAGUAUGGUCUUGUAUUGCUAGCAACUUUAAUAAGGGGUGGAGGGGGGAUCACAAGCACAAGAUCAUGGACAGGCCAUGUAUGGCAAAAUACGGUACAAUGUCUCAAGUACUUUUGCAACUGGUUGUAGCUUUUUCUUUGGCUUGACUCACUGCGUAGGGCUUCGCUCUCCAGCAUGGCAGGUUUGUGCAACAAAAAUGACUUACUUGAAAGGGCCUAUUUAAAAUGAACGAGGCAUGGAGUAAAACAUGGUUGGUCCGUUUGACUGUAGGUAUCUUAAAAAUCGUGAGCUAAGCAACGACGAUGACGACGACGGCAGUGAAAAUGUCGCUAAAAAAUUAAAUUUGCCUCGUUUCAAAUGUUAUCGCGUCUAUUUGGAGCUGCUUAAUUUGUCAAAUGUAGGCGAUUUCUCUUGGAGUUGAAUUUUUAAGGACUUUAUCCAGGUUCAUUAAGAAAAAGGAGAAUUGGUCGUCGUAUGUUCACUUUCUCUAUAAAACGUCGUAUUAGGAGGUUUCACUUCAUAGUCGUGCAGUGCACGUCAAAGAAAUGUACUAAGAAGCUUGAUGCACGUGCAACAACUGUUGUUUUCAUCUUAAAAAAUAGUUUUUUCUUGCUAUUUGUGGGCAUUGAGAGAUUUUAAUCUGAAUAAAUCAAGAGGUUACUACAAAAUAGAAUUACAAUACAUUACAAAAGUAAGAAAAAAUAAAACAAUAAUUUACAUAAAUCCUGAUCAAAGGUGAAAUCUGAGCAGACGCCAUAGUAGGUUUGGCUUUUGAGUUGGUCACUUAAGUUUCCUAGUUUAAUGACUUGGUGCAUAACUUAGGAGCUUUGAAAUUAAGACGAAGAAUUCCUUCUCAGUUUCAGUUGAGAGAGUACAUAAGACAAGUUCUCCCGUUGACUACUAUCCUGACACGACAGAAGUGGAACUGAAGUGUACCUUCAAGGGAUGGCCUCGUCCUCGUGUAGUUUGGUCCAAUCCAGAUAACAAACAAAUCAUCAACGGAUCUGAAGAUUUUUACAUCUCAGAGCAGCUGGUUGGAAAGGAUACCUUAACUUCCCUUCUCCGUAAUGCUAAUAUCCAAGAAAAACACGCAGGGGCUUAUAAAUGCACUGGAAUGAACAAAAUUACCGGCUGGUCGAGUAAAAAAUCAGGGUAUACUGACCUGAACUAUCGCUGUGAGUCAUUUAAUUUCUUAUUUUUAAUACUACACACGGAUGCGCAAAACUACCUCCUUUGAAGCAGGUUCAUAAAAACAUAAUACCAUGUUUCUCCUGUAAGCAAUGGAAAGUAUCCCAUUUAGACUAAGAGGGACAGCUCAUUCUCUCUUGAUUUAGACGGAGGUAAAUAUUGGGUAUUUCAUGUUUCAAAUAACAGAUUAACUUAUUCCUAACUGAAUUUAAAAAAAUGUAACGGAAAAUUUCGUUCCACCUUCCUCCUCCAUUUAGACUAAGUGGACGCUGGGAUUUUUAUUUGUUUACCCCCCGGGUCACAAGGGAUAAGUAAAUAAGUAAAUAAAUAAUGAUUUAGUGGCGAUAUCUCAUCCACAAAGUGGUUCUUUGUCUACCAUUCUGGCUCAAAUUUACCCUGCGCGGCUGGCAGGAUUAACGUGGGAGUGAUGUGUUGUUUUGGUGGCAAUGGCAGAAUAAGGGUGAGAAGCAACAAAACUCAACCCCGCAGGCCACAUAUGAUGUUGCCUGAGGAAUCAAGCACAGGACAGUCAUUAAUGAGGGACGAGUGUUCUCACCUGAAAUUCAGUAGAACCUCUAUAUAACGAAGUCGACGGUAUAAUUCACAAUUAUUCCACUUAUUCCACGAGUGUGCGUUAGAUAUGACAUGGUAGUUAGCCAACGAGGCGCGUAGCACCGAGUGCUCAAUAAUCAUCUCAUAUCCAACCCGCGCGAGUGGAAUAAUUAUUCUAUUAAAAACGCCGACAAAAUAUCGAGUAACCUUCCCGACUUUAUUUGUAAACCAACCGAUUUUCAUCUUGUUUUUAAUUUUGAGCAGACGCGUACAGUUACCAUAUUUGAAGAGCAUGGUAUAACGGCUCAUAUACCAUGAUCGUUAAGCCAAUGAAAGCACUAGAAUUGCAUUAUCCAAUGAUUCAAUUUUUAAUAAUAAACGAUACUCUCCGCCCCAGAAAUAAUACAGUCAAACCCCGUAAAUACCGACACUGAAGGGGCCGUACUAAGAAAGAGUCCGUAUUAGCGGGUUGACCUUAUUAAGCGGGUAGAAAAUGGAAGGGCCUUCGAUCUUUCCCCAGGGACAAAGCAAACUGUCCGUAACAAUGAGAUGUCUGUAUUGAGCGGGUUUCCAUACUGGAGCGGGGUUUGACUAUACAAUAAAUAAAAGGAACCUCGAUAUAACAAAACCUCUUUAUAGUGAGCAUAUUUUGCCAGUCCUUUGGGUUUUCGUUCAGCUGUUCGUUAUAUCGAGAUUCCAAUGUAAAGUGUUAUGUGAUUGUUAAAAAGAGAAAACGAGACCCCCAAUAGCUAUUGAAAUCAACCCUUAGUAGCACAGGCCAUAUUGGUAGGAGGUAAGAGAAGUGGGGUUCAUCCGAUCAACCGAUCGUUAGAGCGUCUUUAUAGACGGCGUGACGAGACAAGUCGCAAAGGAGGAAACCAGUGGGAUAAACAAAAUCAACACGUAAAAACUCCAAAGCGUUUUGAUGCCCCAUAAAUUGUCACAAAUACUCAGGAGGGGAGGGGAAGAGUAAGAAUGUUACCCCUUACGGUUGCACAAAAAAAUGGUAACCAUUUUCAAAUAAUAUUUGCUCAUCAUAUCUUCUUAUCAUCUAAUACAGGUUUAUGGCCUAAAGCUCCGCAGAUUUCGUCUCCUACGGUUUCAGUGACAGCCUACUUCAAUGUCAGUUUAACGUGUCUAGCAUUUGUUAGGCCAAGCGACUGUUGGGACAAUUCUUUACGGUGGUAUUUUAACAACAGCUCAGGGGAAUUAAAAUCUGGUGAAAAGUAUGAUAUACAAGAAAGGAAAACCAACACCAGAUGCAAAACAGACUUCAUUCUCACCAUUAUUAACGUUACUGAAGCAGACGAGGGAAAGUAUAAAUGUCAGUGGCUCUGCGACGAGUACUACCCCGACGAUUCCAGGUCUUCAAUUAUCCAGCUGAAAGUAUUUCCUCCUCCAGAAGAAGGUACUGAUACUCCUGUGAUAUCUAAAGGUCUUGUGUCACGAAAUUUAUCAAAUUUAAAAAGUGGAAAACCCCACCAAAUUGAGUGAAACAUAAAAAUAACCGCUCAAAACCUAAGGGGGUACGGUACUUGUGUAAAUGUGUAACUUGUGUGUAAAUAUGUAAUUUUCGCGAUCCCAACUUAGUCCCUUUCUAUUUUGAAUUGACCCAUUUUUUAGAUGGAAAGAGGAACACUUUACUUUUCAUCUGCAGUACAAACAUUCUGGUUCGUUUUCUAACCAUAAAUAUGGAGAACUAUCUUACCCGAAAAACGCCGGAAAUGUGCGACCCCAUUAUAGUCAAUCCAGUCGUGAAAAUGCGACCCCAUCCAGCGGCACAUCCCCAUUAGCCUCUUAUAAGGAAGCACCACCCCCCCCCCCCCCCACCCGAUCCCGGGCUCAAAACAGUAACACGGCAAAUACAAAAGGAGUCAUGUCAUGUGAGGACAAGCUUGAAGGGUUGAAACUGCUUGCAACUAAGCGUUUCAUUAGAAAUCCGAAGAAUAACUCGCAAUUGCAUAAUUUCAUUCGAUCUGAAAUCAAGUUGUACAAAUAUGUUCUAUUUAAUAAGUGUAAUCAAAUAAUUGAUACAUGAAACUAGAAAUAAAUACCGCUAAAUGCUAAACGUUGAUACAAGCGAAGUCACAUGGUUCUUGAAACAAACUCAAUUUAAGCUACUUCAACUCUGUCUAAAAAGUAACGAAAGAAAGACUAAAUUAACAAAACGAAGGCAACAUACAGUUCACUUACUCCUUAAAUGUUCUUGAAUAGGCAUUAAAUCGGUCUGGGUAGUAGGUAAACUGUUAAUACUUUGAUCUUUGCUGUACGGCGGUCGGUAAAAAACUUAUAAAAACUCGCAUAAAGCGGGUACUUUUCUGGUUCCUGUUGGGCGUUUAUGGUUUUCCAACUUUUGUCAGCUAGAUUAAAUAUAAAGAUUCCUUGAAUAUUUCUUUUAUUACGUUAACACUGAGGAUUUUGAAAACUGAAAUAUCCUAAAAGUUUUUGAAAAGUAUUUUUUAUGUCUGCAACUUUUCAUAUAAUGUUUGGGAGACAAAUGUGUUCGACAUGAAGCAGCGAUUUUGUCAUUUGCAAGUGAUUUCUUAACUCACGCCGAGUUCCAUUGAAGAAAUUAUAUGUUCGUGCAUGAGUUUUUUAAUAUUUUUGUUGUUGCUAUUGUUUUAAAUCAGCCGCCUUCAGGUCUGUGAAUAGGGAAGGAAAAGUCGUACUCUACUGACAGACAGGUGGACAGCAAAUUCCAUAAAUACGUGCACUUGAAAUUUCCUUUUAAACGGAUAGGGCAAUAGGAGGGUAAAGUUUACUUCUGUUUUUGAAAUAAUUAUAGUGUAAAUUAUAGCUGCUAUACUACUACAUAAGAAAUUUCUGCAGGACUGGUAUCUGGUAUUUUGGUACUGGUAUUUUACGUAUAACAAUUUUGAAAUAUCACUCAUAGUAUUUAUGCCAAAUAUCACUGCUAAUCAUGCUAUUACCUAUACUUAUACCACUACAUGAGAAAUUUCUGCAAUUUGAUUGGCUUAGAGCAGUGGUAUUUCAGCUUGAAAUACCUACAUGUGAAAAUUACAAAACCUUUGUGGGUAGUAGUAUAAACAAAUAAUAGCAUGAUUUGUAGAUGAUAUUUGGCAUAAACACCACUCGUGAUAUUUCAAAAUUGUCUUAAAUUUCACUUGCCUAACGGCUCGUGAAAUUACGUAUAACAAUUUCGAAAUAUCACUUCAAAUCAUGCUAUUACCUGAACAAAUUUCUACUUGUGCGGCUAUUUACUACUAGGUGCCAGACAGCAACUCUGUCGCGAUACCCAUGUAGGGGACGGCGACUCGUAACACCCUCCUUUAUCUGCAUAAUCGUUUCACAUGAUACAGUAGCGGAAUCAGAAUCCAACAUCUGGGUUGAGUAAUCAGUAUUAGGUUCCAGACCGCUUAUAUCUUAGGGCAGGUUUUACACAUGCGCAGUUGCAUUAAAAUAAUGACUAGCAAAUGUUCGUUUCUUUUUGUUGUUUAAGACCAGAAUAUUACAAUUUUGGCGACGAGGAUGGCGCUUGUAGGUCAAGUUGGAGAGUAUGUGGACGGUAAAAAAGAUAUUGCAAGUUAUAUCCAAAGAGUGGAAUUGUAUUUUGCGGCGAAUUAUGUCAAGGCGGAUUACAAAGUUGCUACGUUUCUAGCGUUUAUCGUAGCAGAUGCAUAUGGCGUGCUGCGAAAUUUGUUAUCCCCUGCACGUCCAAAAGAUAAGUCUUUUGAGCAAUAGUAUAAAAAGCUGACUGAACGAUUUGGAAACCCUGUUCUAAUUUCAAAGUCACUGAUGAAUAAGUUCCUGGAGAUAUCAGCAGAUCAGGAUAAAAACAAUUUGACAACUCGCGCAACGCUGUGAGAACAUUCAUGGAGCAGGCUUUAGACCAGCAACUAAGACUUGACCCAAGUCAAAUUCAAACAAAUCGAAGUGGCGCAGUUAUCUUGUGGCCCUUGUAGCAGAUCUGACGGAAAGUUUCUCACAAGUUACCAUGGCAAGGAAAGACAGAGGGCACCACCCCUUCCCGUGGGGGUAGAGGUUACACCUCUCUAGACACUCUAUGAAGCAAUGAGCUUGAUGUUCGAUGACCGCGCCUCACUUUAUCUUGCCCAGUACGUUGUGCGACAACAUGCAGAAGAUAACAGAAAUGACCACCCGCUAGCAAUAAUCGUAAUGUUAUUACGGGUGUACGUGGAUGACAUUAUGACUUCAUUGAGCACUAACGAUGAAGCGAUUAAAGCUCGAGAGUAGCUUAGGGAGCCACUUGGUAAGACAGGCUUCAAAAUGCGGUCUGGUUGUAGCAACAGGCCAGAACUACCUUGCAUGAAAGCAUAAGGAAAGCAAUAAGAUGAUGAGACGGAUGUGUUUAACUUCAAGUUGAAUCCCCUGCAGGAUGUUGUCUAUACCGAGCGAAGGUUCGGAAAGAAAUUUUAUAUGCUUUUUUACCCAUUACAGAUGCUAGAGGAAGGAUGGAUAUGCAGGGAACAUGGUUACUGGGUUUAAAAUAGGAUGACUAGAAGAAGACGUAUCCAGAAUGGUUCAGUGAGUUACCAGAAUUUUCCAGAGGACAGUUUUCAAGGUGCUAUCGCAUUGCUGGGAAAAUUGAUGUUUGCACAUCUAUUCAUACAAUGGUAGACGCGUCGCUGUUGGCAUAUGCAGAUGUAACUUACGUUAGGCACAAAUAUGAAGAUGCAGCUCGAGAAGAAGAAGAAGAAGAAGAAGAAGAAGGGAAGCAGGCUAGAGCUCUUGGCAAGAAAGAAAGGUGUAAGAGCUGUACUCUCUGAACGGACAGAAAGGGCGUCUUUUUCUGGAUCCAGAGUCAGUCGAGGAGAUCUUAGACUUCUGUGGCCAACGGAAUAUUUAACAAUUAUUCCUUGAGCCCGAAUAGGCUCUGAGUCAAUAGCCCAUGAGGCCGAAGGCCGAACGGGCUAUUGACUCAGAGGCUAUGAGGGCGAGAAGAAUAAUUGUUUUAGUGAAAUCCAACUACUUGGUAAAAAAAUGUCGAGACCAAAAAGCCGGCGCUUUUCGCUACUAGUGGGUUAUAACAUAUAGCCUAGUAGUAGCUCAACCAAUGAGAACGCAGAAUUUAUAAUAGACCGCUAGUUGGAUUUUACUAACAGAUUUAUCAGACGCCUAACCCUAGACAGUGGAGACAUGUACAAGACGUUUGUCGCCAACCAAGCAUCAAAGAUUCAUCAGACGCCUAACCCCAGAGAGUGAAGAGACUCACAAGACUUUUGGCGCCAACUGAGUAUAUAGAACCUCGAUGAAUUGGCGUUUGAUCCCAGGAGCCGUUGGAUACUUAUUCUUUACCUGGUAAAGCUGUCCUGGGGGCACUGGACAGAAGAGUUUCUGGACACACUUAAUACCUAAAAGUUGGGAAUGUCGUGCUCGCUGUCGAUCAAAAUUCUCCAAUCGGUCGGAGGUAGUUUUUCCGCAUCAGGAUGGGCAGGGACGCGUUGUGCAGAGGAGUAUAAGGGGCCAGAAGCUUAUCCACCCUAUAACACGAUUGUAUCGAUUGAACGUCGCUGACCAGCCAUAGUCCUAAAGAGAGGAGCUGAGGAUCCGGAGCUCCUUGUAAGCUCCAGGUGAUAUCCCUGCGUAUGGGACUGGAACUAGUCAAGUAAAAAGUUCCCUGAGAACGUGGAAAAUUGGCUGUUUUGUGUUCUUCUUUGAACCAGGCUUUGGAACAGAAUUUUUUACGCCUGAGAAAAAUCCAAGAGGCGAGUUCCAUAGCACCAUGUAUGUUUCCAGACUUCCGCAGGUAUACCACACCUUCCAGGGGCUUUACCUUCCUUUCCUGCGUUGAUGGCAUCUAACAGUUCCUUGAAUUCAUGUUUUUCUUCAAAGCAUGCAAUGUUUAAAGGUCAGCAAAUAGCACUAUACCAGGAAACGCGUCGGCGAAACAGGUCAGCACGACAUCAGUAUAUACAUUUCCGUGGAAUAACUGCGAGUUUGCUCGAUUCAAUAACGAGCCGCACCGUCUUAGCAACCAAAAAAAAUUUGUUUAUCUAGCUGAGAUAGGGGACUAAAAGUCCUCAUAUUUCGCAUCUAAUACGAUAGAGGCAUCAAUUUUCGCGCCAUCAUGUCAUCAUUCUAGGGCGAGAAAUUAAUUAAAAGCGCGGCAUUCAACAAAUGUACGGCUCAGGUUUCGGCUAAAAUUAUUCAGUGCCGUCAAAGAAAAAAACAUAUUAUUAAAGUCUGCGUAUUAAGUCGAUCAUAUUGCUAACACAGACAAAAACGCUUAAAUAUCUCCUACAAAAUGAACGGCCGAGUUUGUUUUUUCUACGCGUCAAACUGCUACUAUAUUUCCUAGAAGCGCUCAGGCAUAAACAUAUGCCAGGACUUCAACCUGGAUGAACCGGAAAGGAUAUGGAACAACUACCUAUUUUUUUUUCCUUUUUACGUUUACGGGUCGAAAUGCUAAACGUGUUAUAUAUCCUAGAAGCGCUCAGGCAUAAUUAUAUGCCAGGACUUCUACCUGGAUGAACCAGAAAGGAUAUAGAACAACUCCCUAAUUUUUUUUUUCCUUUUUACGUUUACGGGUCGAAAUGCUAAACGUGUUAUAUAUCCUAGAAGCGCCCAGGCAUAAUUAUAUGCCAGGACUUCUACCUGGAUGAACCAGAAAGGAUAUAGAACAACUCCCUAAUUUUUUUUUUAAGGCUACGGGUUGAAAUGCGAAACGUGUUAUAUAUCCUAGAAGCGCUCAGGCAUAAUAAUAUGCCAGGACUUCUACCUUGAUGAACCAGAGAGGAUAUAGGACAACUGCCUAAUUUUUUUUUAAGGCUACGGAUCGAAAUGCUAAACGUCUUAUAUAUCCUAGAAGCGCUCAGGCAUAAUAAUAUCAUGCCAGGACGUCUACCUGGAUGAACCAGCAAGGAUAUAGAACAACUGCCUAAAUUUUUUUUUACGGCUACGGGUCGAAAUGCUAAACGUGGUAUAUAUCCUAGAAGCGCUCAGGCAUAAUUAUAUCAUGCCAGGACUUCUACCUGGAUGAACCAGAAAGGAUAUAGAACAACUACCUAAUUGAUUUUUACGGCUACGGGUCGAAAUGCUUAACGUGUUAUAUAUCCUAGAAGCGCUCAGGCAUAAUGACAUCAUGCCUGGAUGAACCAGGAUGAACCAAGUUUUUUACGCGUCAAAGUUCUAAACGUGUUAUUCUUAGAAGCGCUAAGGCUUAAUAAGACGCCAGGUUUCCAGCGAAUGAUUUUAGCUGAUUUUGCGGUGCGCAAGAAUGGAUAAUUUACCCGACUUGUAAACAGAUAUUUCCUUCAGCCGAUUGUGUCUCAUGCAGGAGAAUGUCAUGUGUGCGUUGUUUUGUUUCUACUGAAGUUUAAUCAAAGAAAGCUUAAGCGAAAAUAGGGAGAUCGCAAUUUAUACUCUUACGAACUAUAAAUUAGGGCUGACCUUUAAGACACGUUGAAUUGUGCCCCGAGAUUGUGCCGCCAUCCUUCAAAAUAUAAUCUGGCUGCGUUUAGGGAGACAAUUUCCUCAUCCAUCCAGAUUUACUUAGUAUGUGUGUUUGCGAGAAUCUUCAGACGAAGAAUUGGGUAUACACUGAUUCGAAUGGCUUGGCGAUACGAAGUGCUUAAGUCUACUUACCGAUUACAACAUGUUUUGGAAGUAUUGAGAAGCGCGCCAAACGAGGUUGUCACAGCGUUCUCGAGCGAAAACGGGCGCGACCUGGAUUGAUAAAAUUACCAUCGCAUGCAGCUAUCAUGCCAGUGAUUUCUCCUUUCGUCGCAUAGUGAAUAGUUUGUGAGCACAUCCUCGACUCUCGAAACAUUUGUCUUGCGCCACUAUAGAAGUUGCUUUUCCCGCUAACCAUAGGUAGAUUUCCCGCUUAACAUAAUGUUUGAUAAUUUAUGCAAAAGUUGACCUCGUGAAAGUCAGCAGUGCAUUAAUCGACUCAAAAAUAAACAGACUUGCUACAGGGUUUUGAACACGGUUUUAAUUAAAGUACUUUACGAGCGCUGCGGUAGUUGACCGCAAAAGUGUUACGGUGAUGGAUACUCAACUGGAUGAUUACGUCACUUCAUAGCAACCAGACGGUACGAAUUUUUUAACUUCCGGAGCGCAGAGGCUCGUGAUGAGUGACGCCCACUCUUUGGUCUGCUCUGAUGUUCCUUCCCGAGAAGGGACUUUUUGGGGGCUCAUUUCCCAAACAGCGGCUGGUAAUCAAGCCUAAUUUCAAGUCAAAGUUAUUCGAACUCAGGGGCUGUCAGGGGUUGAGCAUUUUCGAACUGUUAUCAGCGAAACACCUGUAAAACAGAUUACAUUUAACAUUAAAUCCGUGUUAGAAAUAUGUUGAUGAUGUUACUUACAGUCGGAAAUAUGCAGUAAGAGUACUAGAAAAAACACUCGAUUUGUUAAAAACAUGGAAUCCUUGGGUAAUGAUGACGUCUCAGCCCUGAACUCCCCCAAGUAUGAAAUGGUUAGGGAUGACGUAAAACAGAACUAAAUGCCCAAAGGGACCGCUUGGGUUGAUUUUGUGACAUUCACUGCACCUUUAUACUUCACUGUUUUGCGUUUUGUCUGUUCAGUGACAUUCCGUGAAGCAGCUGUUUUGAAGCUAUUAAAAAAAUGCAAUUUACAUUUCUUUGUCUCAUUUUGUUCUCUUAAACAAACGUCAUAAACUCUGACCACCAAAGAGAAACUCUCGAGUUUGGCCAAAAUUAUGGACCGAAAGACACUCGGUAAGCGUGGACUUGCGUUUUGAGAGGCGAAUAACAGUGUAUAAGCUCUUGGAGGGUUUGCCAGACACAUGUUUAUCAUUCACAAAUCUUCUUUUGGAUUAGCUCUCCCUCACUACAUGAAACUCAUUUUAAUGCAAUCGAUACAAGUAAAUCUUUGAUUGGAAACGAUUUUACAGACACAAAUCACUGUGGGGAAAUUAUUGAGAGGCUCAGUCUAAAAACAAGCAAGUUGCAUUAAGUGAACGCUGGAAUCAAGAUAGCAGAAGGAUCCACAACUACAGAAAUUUGCCUACAAUUUAUUUCUGCGCUGACGUAGUCUCUCUUUACAAAUAUCCCUAUUCAUUUCCAAAAUCAUUCUCCGGCUGUUAAAAUGAAUUGCAUGUAAAAAGUGCAAGAGGAAUAAAGGAAAUUAAACCUUCUUAUAACAUCUUUCCUUAUAGUUAAAAAAAUUCUUGAAACUGAGAGUGUUUUGAUCAAAGCAGCGUAAAUCGAUUUGAAUCAGUGCAUGGAAUCUUGCGUUUUCUGUUUUUAUCUCCCCAAUAUGAAAUCAAUAUGAGUCUGUAAAUUUCAAAGAGCUACACAAGAGUCAUACAAAGGCAAAGGAUACAAUUGACCGAAAAAAAAAAAGAAAAAGGGACGUUGUAAUGUCAACUACAUUAAACACCUGCAUAUAUAUAAGAACCAACACCGUAACUCAUAUGUUUACCUAUGUUAGUAAUCGUAUUUGUUUCUCUUUUCAUUUUAAAUUUCCUUUUUUUAUAUCGAUGAAAGUAAUAUGUUGAGGAUGUUUCCCCUUUAUCAACUUUAUUUGCAGAUUCUUCGACACCAUCGACACAAAAGACUACAAACUCAACUUCAACAGGUCAGUGAUGUUAAGGGGUGGUCACUAAGUAUAGUGUUGCAAUGGGACUAAUUGCAGUGGCGGAUCCAGACCUUCAGAUAAGGGGGGGUGGUCUUAAAAAAAAUUUCUUCGACCCUUCGGGCCUCAGUUUGGUCCAAAAAUAACGGGGAGGCCCGGGCCCCCCAGGCCUUUCCCCUGGAUCCACCUCUGAAUUGCCAACCAAAUCUAAAAAUAGUAUCCAGAUCUUAUCGCUUUUCAAAUAACACGAAACAAUGGAAGAAAACAGAACCACCCUGAGUCGGCCCGUGAGUCGCUGGACUGUUAUGGGAAUUCAAACGUAAUUACCGGGUGUUAGUAAAACGCAGGGUCGCGGCCGGAGCCGAGGUCGGAGUCUAUCUCUUUUUCAAAGAAUACUGUUUUAGGGUUAGGGCUAGGCGCGCUAGGGUUAGAGUCAACCCGAACCCUAGCCAUAACCCUGAAACAGCAUUCUUUAAAAAAAAAGAUAGACACCCGACCCCACGUUCUACUGACACCCGUAAUUACCAACAAGUUGCAUCGUGCUCCAGUCUAAAGACACAUUUUCACAAAUUAACAAAAUAUAGUGUAUUAGUAAAAUCCAGCUAGUGGUCUAUUAUCAAUGCUGCGUUCUGAUUGGUUGAGCUACUACUAGGAUAUAUGUUAUAGGCCACUGGUAGCGAAAAGCGCCGGUUGUGAAAACCCAAACAGUGGCGGCUGAAUCGCGUUUUGCUAGCUAAAAUUGUUUUGUCUGAUAUUUUUGACCAACUAGUUGGAUUUUGCUAAAACAAUUAUUCUUCUCGCCCUCAUGGCCUCUGAGUCAAUAGCUCAUUCGGGCUCGAGAAAUAAUUAUUAAUUAAUCCCGGGUAAGCCUUUUCCGAUUGUGCUCGGCAACUUUUGAGCAACUUUUGGCGUUUGGAGCACAUUUUGCCUUUCUGAGCAACUUUUGAGCCAAAUAUAGGCUUAGUGACCCCUCGGUUUAAAGCAUAUAUCAAACACGAAAAAGUCAACGAUUUUUUGUAAUUUUUUUAUUUUUUUUUUAUUUUUUUUAUUUUUUUAUGUUUUUUUGUUGACCGAUGAUAGUAAUUAUUGUGAAGAACGAAAAAUAAAGCUUUUAAUUAAUGUUUAUUUCAAUGCCAACUUUUGAAAUUUAGGAUCGCAACUUUUUGGCAUUCCAGUGAGCAACUUUCCAGCAUCUUACGAGCACAAUGAAGAAAGGUCUAAUCCCGGGGGAUACUCCCCAUAAUGGCAUAUACGGGGGGGGGGGCUCAAAAGGGGUACCUUUUUCAGGCAUUAAAUCGUUGAAAGGGUAGGGACUUUACUUGUUAAACUACAUGAAAGGGUGGUUCUAUCUCAGCGAUCGUCGUCGCUGCGAUCUCUGAAAAGUCAGGUUUCCAUAUGAUCGCUAUGAUCGCUGCGAUAGCUGAACUUUAUUUUCUCAGCGAUCGCAGCAAUCAGAGCGAGCGUAGCAAUCGUAGCGAUCAUAUGGAAACCAGCCUUUAAGCUCCCUAGUAGCCUGCGUAGGGUCGCAGACAUAAUGUACCAGUCAAUAACAAAACUACCCAUGCCCCCGCACAGACCCCUGGGAAUCUGACUUUUUUUUUGAAAGGUUUUGGUCAAAUUCCUGGGUAUGUUGGUAGUUUAGAUGGUCACAUACCCAACCGGCUAGCGCUUCAAAGAGUGUCAAAUCCCCCACUCCAUUAGCGACUAUUCAUGGUCAAAAAUUUUCCCCAUGUGUCAAACCGUUUAUUCAAAUCUAAAUUUCCCCCUACACACAACCGAAAUAUCUCAAGUCUAGGAAAACUGUGUCAUGGAGAUUUGUUCAUUCCAAUAACAUUGUUCAUUUCAGAAAGCCUACAUUUAACGGGCUCUUUCAUGCUCUGUGCAAACGGACGCAAUGUUGGGAGUUGCUGGCUAACAACGUUGCUCCAACAAUGUUGCGUCCGUUUGCAGGUAGCUUCAAAGGCUCUCAAAUGCUCCAACAAAACAGUGAAUAUAGGAGCAAUGACUUCAAUAAUCAUUGAACGUCAUGUACACGCUGAGCAAAACGCUGACCAGCAUUUUGACACGAAAGUCAAGCCCUACAGGGCGGGCCUCAUUUUGGGUCAAAUUCCCCACUGUGCUGAAAAAAUGUUUGGGGUAUGCCCGGGGAGUGGGAGAUUUUGGAACUGACUGGUACAAAAUCUAACCGUUGUUAGAAGUUUAAUUCCGUCUUUGGCUUAGGCUAGCUAGAUAGAUUAAGGCUCGGUACAGAUAAACAUUCGGCUGGUGCACGAUAUACCUAGCGAAUAGCAAGUCUCGAGUUACGUGACAAAGAACACAAAAAUGAUCGUUAUCUCUUACACAAUAACACAAUAAACCUCACACAGUAGAACGAGAGAAUAGUGCAUAAAUUGACUUGGUAUAUCGAGCGUCAUCCAAACAUUCGCUCAUGUGUUUAAUAGCCACGUUUAACUGAAUCUGGAUCUCUAAUUGUUUUCGAGUAGCACCAGCAGAUACAGGAGCAGUAGCAGUAGCAGUAGCAGCCGCCCAUGAUAACAACGAGUCAGCUGGCCAUUGGAUUACCGCGACUGCGAUUUUAACGUCUGGAUUUGGCCUUGUUUUGAUCGUGCUUACGGCGUAUCACUUUAUUAGCAAAAAGUUUGGCAAAGGAUACCGCGCAUGUAAACGUAAGAUGACAUCCAAUCAUUUAUCAAGCAAAGGAAAUAGAGUGUUUUCACAUGACGUCACGGCGGCCAUUGUUGGUGUCCCAAAACAAUGAAACGGCGGCCAUGUUGGUGUCCCAAACCAAACCUCUGGGAGUUGAACUCUUUUCUUAUGCAAACACUUUCUUUUGUUCCAAUAAAUUUGCAUAGAUGCUGGCCACGUGAGUGAAAACACUCUAUAGGGUCUUUGUCACGAGGAUACUUGGCUGAGAUCAUUACUUGAUGCCUCACAAAAACGCUCAGAUGGAUAUAAGAAGAAGAUGCCACACAAAUUUUAUCAGAGAGCACUAACCAUAAUAUUUUUUGUCGAUUUUUGCGGGCAGAGCAUCAAAACUUAAAAAUGUUGGUUUUAACUUUUUAAGCUUUCAAUUCAUGGCCAUCCUUGUCACUCGUUUCAACAGGUGACAGGAAACAAAUUUCAAUGCCUAAAUUACAUAAUUCUGUAAACAUAUUACACAUUCCUAUUACAUAUUCCUAUAAAUGCUAAAUUACCUAAAUUACACAAAUAUAAGGCUACCAUACCAGAGGCACCCAACGACUGUUUUCUGUAAACUAGCUGUUCGGAGAAGCAAAUAUUGCCUAGAAUUUUCUAUUACUUGAGGACGACUAAAAAUUUCGAGAAUACCGUUCCAUUCAUGUACGAUUUUCGAAGCAUAUCGUAUAAAUUCCCUACGAUUUUCUGACUCUUAAUUUCCACAUUUUACUUCCCGAGUUAAGCUAUUUUCUGUUGAAAAAAGGAACCUAAAAUUUUCGGAUUCAAAAAUUUGGCAUUAAGAAUCAGAAAACGUCUCACUUUCGUUAUACGCCAAAUUUCACCUACAAUUUUCGGAAAAACAACCCUCACGCCCUUGUAGUUUCGGAAAGACUCAAUUUCCCCUAGGAUCACCGAACAGUUGCAAAGUUUAUAGUGCCGCUCAGAAUGCAUUUCUAGAUAGCUUAAAAUACUCUGGAUAGCCUAAAAAGUGUUUUCAAUGUAUUUAGGAGGAAACCAUCAUUGGGUGCCCCUGCCAUAUUACCUAACCCAACACUAUCACACUAUAUAGCACUUUUGCGGGAAAUCAGACGAGGGAAAAUUAUAAAAGCUUCAGGAAAGGGCACACCGUAUUUUGUUCAAUAGCUAGUAACUCGUUUACAUAUAAUGAACUGUGAUGGAAAUCCAAUCUCAGCACAUUUCAUAACAGGCGACUGCAUGAUAUUUCAAUAACUAUUUUCAAAUAUCAUAUGGGUCUAUUGCCUACAUAUUUGUAACUAAGUUCCUGAGCCCAAUUGUUCGAAGACCGAUUAGCGCUUAAACCGGGGUUAAAUUUAACCCAGGUUUCUUUUUCUUGUGUUCAAAAGCUUUUUCUCGGAUAAUUUUCUCUACUAUUUUUAGAGCUUCCAAUCAUCAACUUGUAGACAAAAAAAUUAAAAUUGAAAUGCUUUUUAGGCUUUUAAAUCUUACUUCAAAUCUCUCACUAACCCUGGGUUAUCUUAACCCAGCUCUGAACAACUCGGCCCUGAAGUACAAUUUAAGAACUGAGAAUAAUAUCCAGAUUCAACACUGUUAGAUAUGGUAAACAUUCGGAGCAAUUUUGGACCAUACCUAUGGUCUAGACUUCCGAAAGAAAUUAGAAAUAUCUCAUCGUUCAGAUCUAGAAUUAGAAAAACAAACAUAGAGGAACUGCUUAGUAAUUCUAACUGUCAGAACUGCUAUUUACGCCACUCUUAAUUUAGUGCUUGUAUUCUUAUAUAUAGCGAUACAUUCUUAUCACACAUUUUAUACAUCCAAUUUACACCACUACACUUAUAAUCUUACUGUGGAGAGUGUUACAAAAACUGCUUCUUAGGCCUGUGUAUUGUGAAAUAAAUGAUCAAUGAUUGAGCAAUAUUUCUCGGCACAGGGAACUAUUCCUAUCAGUAUUUAAUAAUUAUAUCAUGUGUAUCUCAAAUUGUUUUAAGGCGAAUCAUGAGGAGGAAUCCUAGUGGCUCGAGUGUAUAUAUAGGAAAGUGCUAACAGUGGAAAUAUGCAGUCAGUAUGUCGGGAAAAAAGAAGUCGAUUUGUUAAAAAAAGGAAAGCACAUAAUAAUACAUAAUAAAUAAUAAACAAUUGUUUUUUGUUUGUUUGUUUCGCAGAUGACUUUGAAAAAGGCGUUAAGAGCCAUCAGCUUUUCGUCAGCUAUAGCUCCAAAGAUAUGGCCUGGAUCAAUGAAAAUCUGAUCCCCAUUCUCGAAAAGCACUCCGUAUCCUACAGCAUUCACACCCGAGACUUUGAGUUGGGACUGCCUAUCGUCCAAAACAUGGCAGACAGCGUCUAUGGCAGCCGCAAAGUUCUGAUUGUCUUGUCCGACAACUACCUCGUCAGCAACUUCUGUCGAGAAGAGCUUCACAUGGCCGUCCAAAGGGAGGCAGACAGCCGAGAUUCUUCGCUUAUUCUUGUGGCGAUCGACAAGUUAAAGAAAAAGAAGUUGCCUGGUCCUUUGAGAAACAAGCAUUUGCUUGACUUUGAGAAGCUUAAGAUAAAACAGGAUUGGGAGAAAAAGUUGUUAAAUGUGGUAGACGGCCCAGGGGCCAAAGUCGCUUAAUCGGCCUCGUCACAAAUGUUCGUAAUGUAAGCUAGUUCCUAAGAUAACUAAUUGCCAAUUCUAUCAUAUGAAAUCAUAGUUUGACCUAAGCGAUAGAUCAAGUGCAGAAAUAGUUGGCCCGUACUGUUUAGAACCGAAGCAGCUUAUGAGUCAGUUAGUUCCAAAUGUAUUCAAAAGCGUUCAGCUAAGGUCAUGCAGAUGCAUGCACUUUCGAACUAAGAUGUGUGCGCAGACUCAAAAAGUAAUAAUAAACAAAAAAAAGGAAGCUGAGCACCACUAACAACAGACAACUGCAAAAAAUAAGUCAAAAGCUCUCACCUUUUUACUUCGCAAGCCGUCACAAGUUAGAAUCACCUUGUAGUGCAUCGAUACAGCAUUUGAAUAGCACCAUAGGAAAGUACUACUCCGUAGCUUUCAUUAGAACGUAAACGCUUUAUGAUUUUACCCACUGGAGACUCAAGAGUCAUAGAUAAUCUUGAAGAUUAAGAAUUGAAUAGGUGCUGCUCAGUAGUCUUUCAUUUGUAUGGCCUCAGUCCAUAGCAGUUUAGUCCACAGGCUUCGAGUAAAAUCUAAAGUAUCGUAUCACAGUAUGAUGAAUAGCGCCAAGAGAAAUGAGUACGAACAGCUCUCACCAGAAUUGCCAGCUUUCUUUCAAAGUGUCAUUCACGACAGACUAGUGGGUUUGAAUCUCGCUCUGACCUUUAGGUGGUUUGUCGUUUCUUGGUAGAAUCAACAUUGACUGUAAAUGAUGAUUUCAUGUGUAUCUCUAGGCUCGAUUUCCAGCCGCUUGAAGAGUUCGCAAUCGUAUUCUCCUCAUAACAAGCUGAAGCUAACUUGGUGUGAGCGAAGGAAAACGGGCGUCGGCUUUCAUGGUUAUCGAGACUAGUUUAUUUCCUGCCAAUUGUGAUUUUAUUAAAUCAUUGCCGGAUUCGGUAUGUAUAUUAACUGCCGGUAAACUACGUGGAGCUGAUAACGUCACUAUAUUUCACUUAAAGUUAAUAACGAGACUACUUUAUUUGUUCACCAAAGGCAGCAACAUAAUUUGAAAGAAAACCGUAGUUCAACAGCUUUCAGCUGAAUAAUCAACACGUUUCAGCGCGAGACACGCGCAACGGGGAAUGCCGCGCGCGCUCCACGUCCGCUUCGUGCUCAUCUAAAAAAUUCGAAAAAAUAGUGCAUGAUUGUUGAAGGUUAGUUGCAAACUUUAGCCCACAAAAAUCCUCCGUCCGAUAAAGGUGCGUCUGGGUUGCCGAGGACAGCAAAGCCAUAAAGUGAUGAUUUAGUCAUAAUGUUUUUUUGGAAUACCGGAGUUUGCUUUCAGUUCUACACGAGAGAAUAGUCAUGUAAAAGCAGUAGAAAAUGACAAAACUUUUGUAAUGAAAGAGGCAAGGAUUAGAAUUUAACGUAACGAUUAUAAUAAGUAAAAAUGUCAUUUGUUUUUCCCCGUUGUAAGAAAUUAAUCACAUAAUUGUUUCUUUCAAUUACUGUAGAAAUAGCAUGCUGAAUGUAUGUAUUUAGUUAUUCAAUAUUUAAUUAAUUAUUGUAGUUAUUAUUAAUAUCAUUUAAUUUUAUCAUUAUUUAAUUUGAUAAUUAUUUAAUCAAUUGCUGUAGUAAUAGUGUGUUGGAUGUAUUUAUUUAGCUAUUUAAUUAAAAUCAGCGUAUAAGAAUUAGGCUAAACACCAGCCGAUUGUUAGGCUGUUUGUAGAUCAUUGAAAUUUGUAAUUUGUAAAAUGGAUAUGCUGAUGAAAAAGUCGCAAUAAAAUACA